AAAAGCUUCUUGUUGGAUGGUGAGACAUUGUUGUAACCUUUCUACUCGUACGCCAAACCUUGGCUGGCUUUGCAGACUUCAAAUACACUUUUCGGUUCAUCUGAAUAGCCAGAAAGGAGUCGAGCUGUCCCGACACAAUCCCUGGACAACCCGCUUGAAAAGUUAUAAUUAAGUUGUUCAUUUUCGUUAUGUUCUACAAUGUAUUGUACAUAGACGAACAAAUUAGCAUUGAACAACGAGGAUUUCAAAUGCGCAUUAGGGAUUUAUCUCGUGGAACAUCACUCACUCUCAAUUCCAAUGUGAGCAUGGUUGUAAUAUUGCUAGCCUACUGCUGAGCUAAACGGCUACAAAAUAACUUGUAUUCCUUAGAGAAAUCAUUUACGCAUCAGUGCUGGAAACAUUGUUUAAUUGAGGAAAUUGUAUCACAUUGCUUCGUUGUGAAAACACCCACUGUUUGGCUAACCUUUUCUACUCGUACUCUGGGAACAUUCACGGCGAGACGUUAUGGAUUAAAACGUAAUCCAACACAGGCCAGAAUUUUGAAUUGAUGGAAACGAGUGAUGGUUUUCACAUUUGGGAUUUUAAAAUACCUCACACAACAAGACAUGGUUUACCUUCGAUAGAAUUUAGAGGACUUGCAGAGCAUAUUACAUGGAGACUCGUCUGACAUGCCAAGGAAGGAGUUACCACUACCAGAGGGUUGGGAAGAAUCCCGGGAUUUUGACGGGAAAGUCUACUACAUCGACCACAUCAACCACGCCACUAGUUGGAUUGAUCCAAGAGACAGGUAUGGUAUGACAUUGCAGUGACCCUAAAAGCAGUUCAGUCUUGCUGAUAGAUUGAUGAUAUGUGCUAUCAACAACAGACAGCAUCCAUCAUAAUCUAAUGAUUCACUUGGCACUUCAUGAAUGGACUCAAAUGCAAUCUUUGUGAGUUUACAUCACAUUUUCUUAGGUGUCACACACAAUGUAACAAAGUAUGCUAUAAAUCUAGCCUGGACAGCAGCGAGUGGGCGCUAUGGAUCUCCACUAUCGUCUGAGUUUGAUGUGCCCAGCCGGUAAUAAACUAGUUUACCCCGAUGACCGGUUCGUACAUAAAACAAUCUCCAUUCAGGCUGCACGGGCAUCGGUUUCCGCUAACUAGCUUUAAAGACAUUUCGCGUAUUGUCUUAAUAAAACAAAAUUUUCCAUCAUCAUGCUAGAGUGGCUAAUGCUACUUCCUGAUGUUGCGCCCCGCAUGAAGUCCGAAAAUGGUGGUGGUAAAUGGUGUUUAAUUACAGUAUGCAUACUUUCCCCGUUUUUUCCAGGCGGCACGCCAUUAAAGGUAAUUAAGGAGGAUGUGUUAGUAUGAAAAAUGUAUGCACUCACUAACUGUAAAUCGCUCUGGAUAAGAGCGUCUGCUAAAUGACUAAAAUGUAAAUGUACGAACCGAUCGCCGGAGGACAAGUGUAUUAUUACUGGCUUGGCACAUUAAGCCUAGAUAAUAGUGGAGAUCCAUAGCGGCUGCCCGGGCUAGUGGGUGUUGAUGGAAAAAAACAUGAAGAUUUUCCUCUGGAAUGUUGCUCAUGGUCAACGCGUCAUUCAUUUGCAUUCCUCUAAUUAGAAAUUAUCCCUCGAGGUUUGAGUUAGUUUUUUCCCCUUGUAAACUUUUAGUGUAAUAGGCUUACAAUACUUAGAACGCGGUCAGGACAGCCAGGAUCUCAUUUGUACAGAAACUCACUGUCAACCAUACUGUGGAACUAAUUUCGUUUUACCAGUUACUUAAAUCCCCUCAGACUUUGACACAAAAACUCUUUAAUAGCUUAGUUCUGGAAUGUUUGAGAUUAUGGGAGAUUUUUUUAAAAUUCAGCCUUGGUUUUGGAUAAGGAUAGGCCUUCAUAUUGCAAGAUUUUGAAAAUAGGCUUUGUGUCAAAAGUCAGUCCUGUUUCCCUUGGUGGCUGUCAUUGUUGCAGUCAGCACACAGAACCAUCAUUAAAAGCCCAAUAACAUGACAGAAGCAACGCCACAGACCUCCCCACCUCCCUGGUGAAUUGCCACUAGUUGGCUUGGUAGCAGCAAGACCAAGAUGGCAGAACUUUGUAAACAAAGACCUCAACACACAUUCCUAAAAUGCACAGCUGAGGAGGGCUGAGCACAGAGGCUGUAAAAUAAAGACUGAUUCAUUUAAAAUCAUUUUCACUGCUUGCCAAUGUGCACAGGGUCAAAGUACAACAUCACAACUUGGGAAAGAGUUGCGGUCAAGAGGAGAGGGGUUGAGCCAAGUGAGGAACAUAGCCUACUGUAAAGGGUCUGCCUUCCGUAAAUCAUAGGCCAGUCUCCUAAUAUAUGAUAUAGGCCAUUUAGCAGACACUUUUAUCCACAGCGACUAGUCACGCGUGCAUACAUUUUAUAUAUGGGUGGGCAUGGGAAUCAAACUCACAACCCUGGCAUCAAUAGUGCCAUGCUCUACCAACUGUGCCAUACAGGACCAUGUCUCCUAUGCUGUUCACUGAUCUGUAUGGGGGGCACAGUAGAACAUGAAGCCAGCCCAGAGUACUAAGUCUGAGAUGAGACGCAGCCAUUCUCAAAGUAGUGAACUCAGACUGAAAUAACCAGACCAGACUGGCCCAAAACUGUUGUUGGACUUUUACAUAUCUUUCUAUAGCUGUUUAGCACUGGGACAUUUAUUUGGCCGUGCUGAGCAACAGCAGAUGAGGAGUGGCGCAGUGGUCUAAGGCACUGCAUCGCAGCGCUAACUGUGCCACUAGAGAUCCUGGUUCGAAUCCAGGCUCUGUCGCAGCCGGCCGCGACCGGGAGACUCAUGGGCGGCGCACAAUUGGCCCAGCGUCGUCCAGGGUAGGGGAGGGAAUGGCCGGCAGGGAUGUAGCUCAGUUGAUAGAGCAUGGCGUUUGCAAUGACAGGGUUGUGGGUUCGUUUCCCACGGGGGGCCAGUAUAAAAAAAUAAAAAAUGUAUUCACUAACUGUAAGUCGCUCUGGAUAAGAGCGUCUGCUAAAUGACUAAAAAUGUAAAAAUGUAAAUGAGUUAUGAUUAGGAGGCCUACUGAUGAUGAUAAUGAAUUCCCAUUAGACUGGUCUCCUAUUGGUGGAAAAUGUGCUUCCACAAACACCUCUCACUGUGGAACCAAAGAACGUACCAGCUAAGUGUGACCAAAGUUCUAUUAUACAGGUAUUAUACAUUCUACAGCUAUUACAGGCCUAUAACAUUUUAAAAUACUACAAGAUAUCCCAAAGGUAUUGUAGCAUGGCAAUCUGACCAUGUAAUCAUGAAAACUUUUGCUCUUUGGUCCCCUUAGCCAAUCAUACCUGAGGAAUGUUAUCCUUUAAGCUCAAGAAUGAAGCCUGUUAGGCUUAAUGGAGAUGGUAACUGGAGGACUCAGCCCAACAUUCAUACCAUGCAUACAUCUUGUGGGCCCCUGCCCUGUCAGUAUGUAUCUGGGCUGCAUUCGCAUACCUCAGCCAGACAUAUUGUUUAUCCACCCUCAUGGUGACGCACGGACCCAACGCAUUCUGUCAGUUGAAUGGAAUGUUAUCUCCCAGAUACCGAGCCGUUGCAGGAGGGGAGCUGAAGCAGCUAGCAGCUCUAUUUUAUUGUUGGACCUUGAGUGCUAUGAAAUGUAGGUUGGAGCCUCAUAAAUCUGACUUGAGGAAUUUAUAGUGCGAUGAAUGAAAGUCUGACUCAUCAUUCAGUUAUGCUGCCCAUGUUUGCACUCCGCUGCAUGCUUUGUCGCGUUGCAUUAGAGCAUUAUCACCUGUGUUUGACUUUGUAUGCAAACCUGCCUAGUGUUUUUUACACUGACACUCGACUAACUAGUAAUGCUGCAGCUCACCUAGGGCCUCAUUUAUCAACCCAUGCCUAAAUAAAAAUGUUGGCGUACGUGGAGAUUCUAGGAUUUGCGUACGUAACAAACUAUUGGGAUUUCAAACUGUCACACGCAACAUAUACGCAUCUUUUCAUUGAUAAAUCAGAGCCAUACUAUAUUUCUGCGCUCGCGAACGAGCAUUACAACCCAGCCUGGAAAAUGCCCUCCAUUCACUGUUUAUGGUAACAAAAACUGAUUAGAAGCACCUGCUACUCAUCAGAUGUUCACCUGUGUUCCCUACAAAUGCUGUUUUGAAUGUAAAAGAUUUGCACCUACACAUUGAACAAGGCUGCAAAGCCGAAACGUCUGUGUACCCUGUCCCUGAUGUAGUGAGAAAAAAAUAAUAAUGAGGAAAGCUUUAUGCAACAUUUUUGGAUGUGACAUUUUUGGAUGCGGACCCAUUAUUACUUUUUAUUUAUCUGAAUUCAUGGGUUUUACGCACCAACCAAACUUCUGUGAGAGUGCGAUGGUCUCUUUUUGAUGAUGGUACAAAAACGCCCUCAUUUGCUGUAUGAUUUGGAGAUGUUGGAACUGGAUCAUGACAGUUUCUAAAGUGCAAUGGCAAAUUUGAUCAUUUUUCUGUAGAGGUGUGGGCAGUAUGUUUUAUCUUUUGCAGUGACUUUUUAAAACAAAAAAUGCAUGCCGGCUAUAGCGAGUGCCAAACACUGGCUGCACAUUCUGUAAGAUUGAUUGUCUAUUGAACAAUUUAAAAGUAAAUGCUGCAUAUAGCCCACAAAAGAUGAGUUGUUCAAUAUUUUGUUUAUCAAUACAUGAUUGUGUUUUUAUCUCCUGCCUAAGUAUAGGUUCUGAGAUUAAAUAGGCUACUAUGUUGCACUCCUGGCUAUUGCACAGCAAUACUGUAGCCUACCCAUACUGUCAUAGGCUACACGUCUAUUUACUUUCGAGCAUGGUUGGCUAUUGAAUGAGUGAUGGAUAAAUGGUAGCCUAUUAUUGUUGUUUAGCGGAAAUAAACCAGUCGUCAGAAAAGGAAUGCCCUGCAAUAUGAUUGAUUUGGGUCUAUUUAAUAAAGGUAAGAUAAAUACACUAUCUUAAGCGACAUGCUGCUAUGCAAUCUUCUCACCAACUGCAAAUGCAUCUGUUUUAUCAUUAGGCCUACGUUUUAAUGUUUUUUAUUAGUUUACCAUUAUUAGAAUUUCUGUGAAUCAAACACCUCUAUUUCCCCAAAAAUAACUAUUUGCUUGCAAUACAGUUGAUCAACCACUAGAAGUUGUGCGUAUUCAUGGUCUGAGAUUUGCGUGGAGAUGCGCACACACUUUCCCGUCAAGUUCAAAAUGGAUAAAUACCAACAUUUGAGGGAAAACUGCAAGGUUGUUUUUUUUGUGCGCACGCACCUUUUUGAUAAAUGAGGCCCCAGGAAAUGCCAGACCCCCUGUCUUUGUGUGAAACACCUAGCUAAAUGUUAAACCUGUAAAAUCAAAAACUAGGGACUCAGAAAGCCACUCUCGCUAUAAAGGCCUACUCGGUUUGCAUGGAGUAUUAAUAAUGAGAAUAAUUUAUACAACUUUUAUAGCGCUUUUCAUUACAAUCCAAAGCACUUUAAGCAAAAAAAACAAAAAAAUAAAUUCAAUUUUGAAGAAACCCCCCCCCCCAAAGUCAAUGGGUGAAUGAUCAUGGCAGGGGCAGGCAGGGUAGUUCAUUCAUGGCUUGAGCAGUCAACGCCAGGAGGAAAAGUAGAGUAGAAGCAGUUCGGAGAUGAAGCUGAGGGGGGCACAUCAGGAGGUUUCAGACUGGUCCAGAGCCUUUCAUCAGGGCACCGUGGCCCUUGCCGUUUCUGAAGCAGCGCUUCUCAGUAGUAAUCUCUGAAGUCAGACUUCCCCACUACCGAUGUGUAGCACCCACCUGGGUAAAGCCACGACAGCUGCGAAGGCACCAGAAAAGCACACUGCAAGUCUGUCCAGAAUAGUCCACAUUGACGCUAACCACUGGAGAAAACGGCUAAAAACUUCAACAACUUCAACGAGCCUGCCAACUCCAAACACCAUCCCCUUACUUUGAGUCAAAACAUAGCUAGCUUGUUUGAUAGCAAGUUAGCUAGCUAAGCUUCUUGAUGACAGUGAAGCAUUAGUUAGGCGAAACCAACUAAUGCUUGUAUUUGUAAGCAACUCACACAUACUGCCCAUACAGUAGGUCUAGUAGUUUAUGGGUUUACAUAGAUUCAACAGAAACAGAAUCUUGAAAAAACUCUAUCCUCCAGGGAAGUGCUUUCCUAAGGGUGGGUCAUGCCUGGUAUUUCCUGGAUCACACAGCUUAUGGAAAAGGCUGGAAAGAAACAGGAUUUGUUUUAUCAUGCGGUUCACAAAAUACAAUUAUAGAAGCCUUAGGGGGGAUCACUCACGCACUACCCAAAUGAGUUAUUGAAGACUCAUCACUGUCUGAAGAGGUUAAGAGAUGUCUAGCCUGGUGUCCACUCCAGACAGACUGGAAGACGUCUUGCAUGCCAAUGCACAGCCAGUGAGUGCCUCAUGCUAAGCUCUGGGCCUAUUUAAAGCCCUCUGAUUGGCCUAGUGAGACAGCGAGUCCGCGCUAUUCGGAGGGUAAUGAUGAGUUCGGCCUUCAGCUCCGAGUGAUUAGGGAACUGGAUUUGCAGGGGUGAGAGGACAGCGACAGUGGAAUGAAUCAAAUAAUGGGAUAAUGCGCACACUGUCGCUCAAAGGACCCGGCACCAGCUGCCAGCUUUUUGGGAAUUUGUGUUUUUUCUCCACAAAGCCUUUUCCUCUGAGAGAUACAUUUAGAACAGGCCUUUUUCAUUAUUCAUAAAGUGAAAAAGGAACCCGUUCAGUUUCACUCUGAGCAAAAGUCUCUGUGACAACCAAAUGAUCUAUCUUUGCAUGGACCCUGGAUGGCCCACUAUCUUGUCAUGGUCAUCCUGAUUUACUCUUGCUGUGACACUGCUAAUUCUUACCAUCAGUUGACUGUUUCGUGUGUGUGAUUUUCAGGCAGACUAAACCUCUGACUUUUGCUGACUGCAUUGGAGAUGAACUGCCAGUGGGUUGGGAGGAGGCCUACGACCCCAAUGUCGGGGCCUACUAUGUGGACCAUAACACAAGUGAGUCCAAUUCUCCAUAACGUUAACUUCCGGCACCAAUAUUCAUCACACAUUUGUGAAGAAACACAUGUUAAAAUCAAGAUCCAAAAUUAUUUCAACAUUUCUUCUCUCGUUCUUUCUUGUUUCUUAUGUUCUGUCUCCCUUUCCUCUCCCCUUGAUCUCUCUCUUUCCUCAUCCCCCUCUCCCCCAUCAGAGAGCACUCAGCUGGAGGACCCGCGGGCCCAGUGGCAGCGGGAGCAGGAGGUCAUGCUGCGGGAGUACCUGGACGUGGCCAAGGACUCGCUGAGCGCCCAGAAAGAGAUCUACCAGGUGAAGGAGCAGCGGCUUCGCCUGGCCCAGCAGGAGUACCGCCAGCUCAACGACGCCUGGAGGGACAAGUCCACCUCUCAGACCAGCUGUAAGGACCAGCCGGGAAGGAGGGGGGGGUGGCAGAAGGAACAGGUGUGCAGGUAGCCAGGGUGAUGAGGGUCAAAAUGGGGCAGAGAAGCCAGGAAGCUUGAAGGGCUGUACGUAAACGGGGGGCAAGGAACCAAAGAGACUAGGCGGCAAAGGAGGAGAGAACUAGAAUGAUUGGUAAUCUUUUAUUAUUCUUCUGACUGAUGCAACACUUUUGACACCUCUGUUGGGGAGGUGCACAUCAAUUUGAUCACAGGAUUACAGCACAUCAUAGUUCACUCAAGUUGUCAGUUAUUAAACUUUUUGGGGAAGUAAAGCUACUCCCUACUAAUUUAACUUGACUUCAUUCCUAAGAGGAAUCCUCUGCCGUUGCUCAGACUUGAAGUGGUGAUUUACAGUAGUUUGAUAACACACAGGGGAUUGAUGAGAAGGGCCUUGAAGUUGAAUAGCGCGAUGUAGAUGAUUAGAUAACACCCUGGCUCUUAUCUCCCACAGUGAAUUCCAGAUCGUCCUCCAGCAGUAAAUAUGACCCAGAAAUCCUCAAAGCCGAGAUAGUCACUUCCAAAAGUAGGGUAAGAAACCGCUAUUUUUUACACCAUCUCCGUACUCCAUCUAUGGCCUGCAUUACUUGUGUUCAGUAAUCAUUAGGAAUGGAUGUGUAUACCCAUAUGUGUCCUUAAGUCUCCUGUUUUGGCUUAAUUCUCAUCCCUAAGAUUUGCAGACAUUAGUGCAUAAAAAAGGCUUAGUCCAAUGGACUGUUGCUAAGUGACUGAGUGUCCAACUCUCUUUCUCAUUGUAAAGGAGGAAUGUGUGUAAGUGACAUCUUUGUCUGAGACCUGCACCCAGGGCUGGGUCCCAAAUUGCACCUCAUUCCCUAUAUAGUGUUCUACAUAGGGUGCCAUUUGGGACAAAUCCCAGAGCUGCCGGUUGGUGUUGUGCAACAGUAACACAUUCUGUUGGAUUAUUUGUGGAUGUUUCCCCCCUCUUUACUUCACAUUUCAUUAAAAAAACAAUAAGCAAAUGUUUUGCUUUAAUAAUAUGUAAUCAUAUUUGCGAUCAGGCAAUAGUGAGUUACACUACCGGUCAAAAGUUUUAGAACACCUACUCAUUCAAGAGUUAUUUUCUUUAUUUUUACUAUUUUCUACAUUGUAGAAUAAUAGUGAAGACAUCAAAACUAUGAAAUAACACAUAUGGAAACAUGUAGUAACCAAAAAAGUGUUAAACAAAUCAAAAUAUAUUUGAGAUUCUUCAAAUAGCCACCCUUUGCCUUGAUGACAGCUUUGCACACUCUUGGCAUUCUCUCAGCCAGCUUCACCUGGAAUGCUUUUCCAACAGUCUUGAAGGUGUUCCCACAUAUGCUGAGCACUUGUUGGCUGCUUUUCCUUCACUCUGCGGUCCGACUCAUCCCAAACCAUCUCAAUUUAGUUGAGGUCGGGUGAUUGUGGAGGCCAGGUCAUCUGAUGCAGCACUCCAUCACUCUCCUUGGUAAAAUAGCCCUUACACAGCCUGGAGGUGUGUUGGGUCAUUGUCCUGUUGAAAAACAAAUGAUAGUCCCACUAAGCCCAAACCAGAUGGGAUGGCGUAUCGCUGCAGAGUGCUGUGGUAGCCAUGCUGGUUAAGUGUGCCUUGAAUUCUAAAUAAAUCACAGACAGUGUCACCAGCAAAGCACCCCCACACCAUAACACCACCUCCUCCAUGCUUUACGGUGGGAAGUACACAUGCGGAGAUCAUCCGUUCACCCACACCGCGUCUCACAAAGACACGGCGGUUGGAACCAAAAAAUCUCAAAUUUGGACUCCAGACCAAAGGAGAAAUUUCCAGGGGCCUAAUGUCCAUUGCUCGUGUUUCUUGGCCCAAGCAAGUCUCUUCUUCUUAUUGGUGUCCUUUAGUAGUGGUUUCUUUGCAGCAAUUCGACCAUGAUGGCCUGAUUCACACAGUCUCCUCUGAACAGUUGAUGUUGAUGUGUCUGUUACUUGAACUCUCUGAAGCAUUUAUUUGGGCUGCAAUUUCUGAGGCUGGUAACUCAAAUGGACUUAUCCUCUGCAGCAGAGGUAACUCUGGGUCUUCCAUUCCUGUGGCGAUCCUCAUGAGAGCCAGUUUCAUCAUAGCGCUUGAUGGUUUUUGCGACUGCACUUAAAGAAACUUUAAAAGUUCUUGAAAUGUUCUGUAUUGACUGACCUUCAUGUCUUAAAGUAAUGAUAGACUGUUGUUUCUCUUUGCUUAUUUGAGCUGUUCUUGCCAUAAUAUGGACUUGGUCUUUUACCAAAAGGGCUAUCUUCUGUAUACCCCACUACCUUGUCACAACACAACUUAUUGGCUCAAAUGCAUUAAGCAGGAAAUAAAUUCCACAAAUUAACUUUUAACAAGGCACACCAGUUAAUUGAAAUGCAUUCCAGAUGACUACCUCAUGAAGCUGGUUGAUAGAAUGCCAAUAGUGUGCAAAGCUGUCAUCAAGGCAAAGGGUGAUUCCAUAUGUGUUAUUUAAUAGUUUUGAUGUCUUCACUAUUAUUCUACAAUGUAGAAAAUAGUCAAAAUAAUGAAAGACCCUUGAAUGAGUAGGUGUUCUAAAACUUUUGACUGGUACUGCAUGUCCAAAUUAUUUUUCUGCACGAAACAAACACAAUCGGUUCUACUUGGAUCAGCUGUUCCCAAAUAUAGCCGGAUAAUCAUAUCUUCCGUAAUCAAUAGUAUUACAACUGGGGAAUUUUAAUUUCAGUGAAAUAACUCUUCCUGUGUGUUUUCUCUCAGGUGAAUAAGCUGAAGAGGGACCUAGCCUGCAUGAAACAGGAGUUGCAGCACAAAGAGCAGGGUUUUGAAACGCUGAAAGAGUAAGUGCAACCCGACCUCGUUACACAAUCACAAUUACACUUACUAGUAGUAAUAUGCUUCUGCUUUUUUUCGAUACAGCCGUAAAAAAGAUUCCCAUUGUCAACACAUCAACACACUCGAGGCCCUCAUCUCUCACUAUAGUCGAAAAGGCAGCUCGCUGACAUUCACUUACUGACAGUGAAUUUGAUGAUGACCUUCAAAAUGGUCAAAUAUCACUAUUUUUGUCUGUGAUACACAUUUCUCUUUGAGUGCCUGGAGUGCCGCCUCUUGAAUCUGUGUUGUGGAAAAAGACAGAUGGGCCCUGGCUCAGUUCAGUGAGUUUUUUUUAUUUUUUUUACGAAUAACAAGCUACAUAGUUGUUCGACUGGAUUCCAACCGUUCUUCCGUGACCUUCAUUUUGCUAUCAAAUUUCAAACCUUCAUUUGCUAUCAAACAUUUACCAACAAUCAUGAAACCGUACUAAUAAUCGAACACAGCAACAUCCUCUGUCUGUCCUAAGCUCUCCAUUCCCAGAGAAAAUACUUCAGGGUCUUUAUAACAAAAGACCGAACUAGAAGGAGAGUAUCUAUUCUAACGGCAUCCAUUUAUACUGAGGUGGAAAAGGCUUGGAUAUGCUUCACUUGUUCUAGUUCUCCUUGGCCUGCAGUGGAGGAGUGUUGCCCCCUCCCUCCUUUCCUCCCUCCCUCCCUCCCUCCUUUGCUCUCUGAAGAAUGUGGAAAGACCUGUUAUUCCACUGCAUGCAUGACUUGUUGAUGACUGACUUUACAUAUUUGAUGCUGCUGCCACGGACGGUCUCUCUCUGUGUAGCUGACUGUCUGGGCUUCAGGCUCUUUCCUCUCUCGACACCUGUGGCCCUUAAAAUCCAGUUUGGUUCCCAUCCUGGAUCCUUAGUUUUGUUAUUGUUCACCCCUGUCUAGAUUAGAUCUGGAUGGUUUAAAAGUGUCACUGUAGUAUUAUCGUAGUGAAAAUGAAACAUGUUUUUUUUAAACAACAUACAUCUUUAACAAACACCAAACUAAAGAUUAAUAAUCUGAGAGCAAAAAUGUACGUCUGAUAGUGCUAUCUAUGUAGUAUUUAGCCCUAAUCACUGAUUCACAGUUUCAUAACCUAUAUCACUGUCUGAUCUGUUUCCAACAUCUCUCUUUCACUCUUUCUCCCUCACUUUCUCUCCCUCUCCCACCUUAUCCCCCUCCCACCUUAUCCCCCUCCCACCUUAUCCCCCUCCCACCUUAUCCCCCUCCCACCUUAUCCCCUCCCACCUUAUCCCUCUCCCACCUUAUCCCUCUCCCACCUUAUCCCUCUCCCACCUUAUCCCCCUCCCACCUUAUCCCCCUCCCACCUUAUCCCCCUCCCACCUUAUCCCCCUCCCACCUUAUCCCUCUCCCACCUUAUCCCUCUCCCACCUUAUCCCUCUCUCACCUUCUCCCUCUUCCUCCCCUCCCUCCAGGAUCGACCACAAGGUGUCCAGCGCGCCGUACGGCUUCAAGCUCCACGAGGCGCAGGCCAUCCUGAACGAGGUCAAGUCCAUCAGGGACGCCAUCAGCUCCGGGGAGAAGGAGAAACAGGAGCUCAUGCAGGUAAGCGGGAGAGGGUGGUGGAGGGGUGGAAUGGGAUGGGGGUCAGGUGUUGUUGUAGUGCUAUGGGUAGAUGACAGCCUGUCAGCUUCACAUGAGACGAUCAGGGGAUGCGGGAGUGGGGGGGGGGAAAGGGUGGCUGUUUUGGUCUGGGCCGACUGUCAGGGAAAGGCAGGAGAGAGGGAAGGAGGGAAAGGAGCAGAGAGGGAGGGAGAUGGUAAGAGAUGGGCUGAUGGUCAGGCAGGGGAAGAGAGAGCGAAGAAGAAAGGGAAAGAGGAAAGGAAGGUGGUAGACAGGCACUGCAGAGUCGUCUCGGUCUCGUGUUCCUCUUCGUCUCACACGGCACAGUGUUUUCUCUCUGCUGGUGCGUCUCCCUCGCUACCUCUGUCCCCUGCAACCACUCCGUCUCCCUUCUCCUGUCCCAGCGCCUCUGGGCUGAGUAGCAGACAGACAGACAAGACAGCAUGGUACUGCAGACUCAUGCAUAUUCCUGCCAUGACAUUGCUGCUCAAUCAAUGAUUCAUCAGCAGGCUAAGUCUUUUAGAAGCUGAGACGGAGGAGGGGUUGGUAGUCGCCUACCUUCUUCAGGCUUCCUCUGCUCUGACUGAGGGAUUGGGACACACACGUGCGCUCAUGCACGCACACAUGCACACACGCACGCACAUCAAAAGUGCCCCAGUUUCAAUCUUGGUGGCAGCAGCAGUAGAAAACAACAAACACUGUGUUUUUGUUAGUAGGGGCUGGGUUGUGUUUAAUAAUGCAGAGCCUCCCUCUCUCUCUCUCUCUCUCUCUCUCUCUCUCUCUCUCUCUCUACCGGGCUGCCUCCCCUCCCCAGCCUUCUGCAGCUGACAGUUCAGUUGUAUGUGUGUGGGAUUUGUAGUGUCUGUCUGACUGCAGUGUAUGAAGCCUGUCCUACUCCAUCAGCAUUGUGUCCAGCGAGAGCCUCGGUUGCCAGUCUUCUCUUUGCUGUUUUUACUUGAAUUGUGUACUUCAAUAUUAAAGAUAAGGUUAAUUCCACUCUGGGCUUCAGUGCUGAGCCAUGUAUAUUUAUCAACAACCUUGAAGAUCAGGACUGAUUUUAUCACUGACUGCACUGAUUUUAUCAUUGAUUUAAGUAGGUUACCAUGUUUGUCCACUGUUGCAAAAACACAUCUUUAUGCAAUGUACUGGACUCCUCUAUCUAUAUGAACACGACUAUGGUCUGUGUUAUAGAUUUAAACCAUAGGACAGGAGCUUUGUGAAUGCAAGACACACAGCAAAAUAUAUUUAAAAAAUACUAUCCGUGACUCCUCUCUGAUUUGUCAAGCCUGUAUGUGUCUGUCUCCUCUCCCUGUAGAAACUAGCGGUGCUUAAGGAUGGCUUCCAGCUGGACUCAGUGGGUUCUCAGUCUGACCUGUGGGGCAGCAGCCCCUCCCUAGCCAACUCUGAGCUGUCCAUCCCUCGCCUCUACUCCGACACCAGCUCCCAGACAGACAUACCUGCUGAGGUGAGAGGGGGUUGUGUUCAGUUGGCACCAAAUGGAAGAAAAUUUACUGAAAUUGGGAGGCACUACCUGGACUUGUCCAAUAAGAAACACUUGUUUUUGUUUUCUGUUUUAAAAUGUUUUGCUUUGGUGUGCCCUAAUGAGCAGGACCCAGGUGUAACCUUUGGAAGCGUGCCAUGGAAUGAUACACAGAUACUGGUUGCAUCACUAAUUGAUCAGAAUGUAGCUUUGUCACACCACGCCUUCAUUUCUGUUAUUCUUUUGUUUGAUCCAGUUUGGGACCAACACCAACAAGUUGGCAGAGAAGGUUCGACUGAGCCUGAAGUAUGAAGAAGCAAAAAGAAGGUAACUUGUGUAACCCAGAUCAGGGGUUUUCAAACUUUUCUUGACCAGGCCAACCGGCGACCCAGGGAACCCCAUCAUAUGUUAGCACAUAAAAAAAAAGAAGAAACAUUUUGUCUUCUCAUCAGGUGAAUGAUAUUUGCAAGUAGAAGUAAUUAACAUUUUAAAAUGAAUAGAAUUGGUAGACAGUUUCAUUGUUUUGACUGCCCCACAGUUCAUUGGAAGAGGAAGUGUAAACUCUAAUAAUAGUCUAUUAGCUAGAAAGGGACACUACAUGACCAAAAGUAUGUGGACAACUGCUCGUCGAACAUCUCAUUCCAAAAUCAUGGGUAUUAAUAUGGAGUUGGUCCCCCUUUUGCUGCUAUAACAGCCUCCACUCUUCUGGGAAGGCUUUCCACUAGAUGUUGGAACAUUGCUGUGGGGACUUGCUUCCUUUCAGCCACAAGCAUUAGUGAGGUCGGGCACUGAUGUUGGGCAAUUAGGCCUGGCUCGCAGUCGCCGUUCCAAUUCAUCCCAAAGGUGUUCGAUGGGGUUGAGGUCAGGACUCUGUGCAGGCCAGUCAUUCCACACCGAUCUCGACAAACCAUUUCUGUAUGGACCUCGCUUUGUGCACGGGGGCAUUGUCAUGCUGAAACAGGAAAAGGCCUUCCCCAAACUGUUGUCACAAAGUUGGAAGCACAGAAUCAUCUAGAAUGUCAUUGUAUGCUGUAGUGUUAAGAUUUCCCUUCACUGGAACUAAGGGGCCUAGCCCGAAGCAUGAAAAACCGCCCCAGACCAUUAUUCCUCCUCCACCAAACUUUACAGUUGGCACUAUGCAUUGGGGCAGGUAGCGUUCUCCUGGCAUCCACCAUACCCAGAUUCGCCCGUCGUACUGCCAGAUGUUGAAGCGUGAUUCAUCACUACAGAGAAUGUGUUUCCACUGCUCCAGAGUCCAAUGGCGGCGAGCUUUACACCACUCCAGUCGAUGCUUGGCAUUGCGCAUGGUGAUUUUAGGCUUGUGUGCGGCUGCUCGGCCAUGGAAACCCAUUUCAUUAAGCUCCCGACGUAUAGUUAUUGUGCUGACGUUGCUACCAGAGGCAAUUUGGAACUCGGUAGUGAGUGUUGCAACCGAGUACAGAUUAUUUUUACGCGCUUCAGCACCCGCCUGUCCCGUUCUGUGAGCUUGUGUGGCCUACCACUUCGCGGCUGAACCGUUGUUGCGCCUAUACUUUUUCACUUCACAAUAACAGCACUUACAGUUGACUGGGGCAGCUCUAGCAGGGCAGAAAUUUGACGAACUGACUUGUUGGAAAGGUGGCAUCCUAUGACCGUGCCACGUUGAAAGUCACUGAGCUCUUUAGUAAGGCCAUUCUACUGCCAAUGUUUGUCAAUGGAGAUUGUGUGGCUGUGUGCUCAUUGUUAGUGCUCAUGAGAGCCCUGACAUUCAGAGUUUGAGCGGAAUAGGAUCACCUGUUGCGCAGUGAGAGCCAGCUCCUCAUAGCUGGUUGAUGCAUGGAAUGAAAUGUGUUCCUAUAAGCCCAUGUUGCGCAACAUUUCCAUAGGAUAUGCAAUUGCGUGGGAAAACAGACUUUUGAUGGCCUCUAUUAAAAAGAGGAAGAUCCCAUUAACUUUCUAUAGGCUAGGUCUACUAUAUUUAUUCAUCAACUUUCCUAAUAUUAAGUACAUUGCUUCGCUUUACAACCGGAGUAGCCUACCAGGCUGGCAUGAAAAUGAACUGAGGAAGAGCGUACACCAUUCCCUAUUCAAGAGCAUACGGAUGAAGUCAUUUUACCCCGCCCCUGUUCCGACAGGUGCAUGAUAAUGGCCCAUUUCUAAAUCAAAACUAAUUUCACACAUAAUAUUUAGUACAUGUAAAGACCAGAUUAAAUUGAGAAUAGUCUGAUGGGUGAGAAUAUUAUCACAUGUGAAUGAUGCAGUCUAAGGCAAGAAAGAGCGUAUACAUUUUUUUGGUGCUACUUUUUCCCAUAUGGUUCGUAUCACAACUAAAAUGGCCAAAUCACUCCAAGCGUAGCAUAUAGGCCUAGGAUGCCUGGAACAGGGUUGGAGAGCCCAUGGCCUACAGAGCCUAGUGAAACGUUCUUAUAAGCCCAGUAAUUGCGCAGUCGCGUGUGAAAACAGAGUUUUGACAGGCCACUAUUUAAAAGAGGAUGCCAGCUUUAUUGUGCUGCUAUUGCUCAAUUCUUAAAAUUAAGCACAUUAAUCCGCUUUACAACCGGUGUAGCCUACCUAGCAUAUUAAAAACGUAACCUUAGGAAGCGCUUCCUCCAAUGCAAUUCUAUGCAUUUUGCCAUGGAUAAUGCUGUGUUCCUCUGCUCAAACAUAAUAACAAAAUCAAUGGACAUGUGCCCUGAAUGCCCGGUAUUUGGAAUGUAAUUCUCCUUGACUUUCUAGCUUUUAUUUGAUUGUUAGUUCUCAAAGAUGGUAUAAAAACGCAUGUCAAAAAUGUUAUAAAUUGAUUUGCAUUUUAAUGAGGGAAAUAAGUAUUUGACCCCCUCUCAAUCAGAAAGAUUUCUGGCUCCCAGGUGUCUUUUAUACAGGUAACGAGCUGAGAUUAGGAGCACACUCUUAAAGGGAGUGCUCCUAAUCUCAGCUUGUUACCUGUAUAAAAGACACCUGUCCACAGAAGCAAUCAAUCAAUCAGAUUCCAAACUCUCCACCAUGGCCAAGACCAAAGAGCUCUCCAAGGAUGUUAGGGACAAGAUUGUAGACCUACACAAGGCUGGAAUGGGCUACAAGACCAUCGCCAAGCAGCUUGGUAAGAAGGUGACAACAGUUGGUGCGAUUAUUUGCAAAUGGAAGAAACACAAAAGAACUGUCAAUCUCCCUCGGCCUGGGGCUCCAUGCAAGAUCUCACCUCGUGGAGUUGCAAUGAUCAUGAGAACGGUGAGGAAUCCCUCAGCCAGGGCAUUGAAAAUGGGUCGUGGAUGGGUAUUCCAGCAUGACAAUGACCCAAAACACACGGCCAAGGCAACAAAGGAGUGGCUCAAGAAGAAGCACAUUAAGGUCCUGGAGUGGCCUAGCCAGUCUCCAGACCUUAAUCCCAUAGAAAAUCUGUGGAGGGAGCUGAAGGUUCGAGUUGCCAAACGUCAGGCUUGAAACCUUAAUGACUUGGAGAAGAUCUGCAAAGAGGAGUGGGACAAAAUCCCUCCUUAGAUGUGUGCAAACCUAGUGGCCAACUACAAGAAACGUCUGACCUCUGUGAUUGCCAACAAGGGUUUGGCACCAAGUACUAAGUCAUGUUUUGCAGAGGGGUCAAAUACUUAUUUCCCUCAUUAAAAUGCAAAUCAAUUUAUAACAUUUUUGACAUGCGUUUUUGUGUUAUUCUGUCUCUCAUUGUUCAAAUAAACCUACCAUUAAAAUUAUAGACUGAUCAUGUCUUUGUCAGUGGGCAAAUGUACAAAAUCAGCAGGGGAUCAAAUACUUUUUUCCCUCACUGUAGAUAGUUAGUUCAAUAUCUUUUUGGCAUGCUUUCUAUCUGGUUCUAGUCAUUUUAAGUUGACACAGAAACAGUUUUUCUAUAUUGAAACAGAUGGCCCGCCUAAGAAUUUUCUAUACAUAAAACCCCCCAUUUAAUUAGCUCCGAUGACUGGCAAUGAAGCCAUUUAUCUACUUCCCCAGAGUCGGAUGAACAGGAACAGCUAGCCUGCUAACUGUUCAUGUAGACUUCGUCAUUGCGCUAACGCUAGUUAGCAUUGGCUGGUGAAACUACCUCUUACUUCCUUCAUACUGGACACAGAGACAUUAAAAUGGUAUCCAUGAUGGUAUUCUGUUGCAGCAGCUAUAUUUAUAAAAUAAUUAUUUUUCACAUAAAAACAACCUUUAAAAUAUUAUUCCCAAAAAAGAAAACCCCUGACCCAGAUUACUCAUUCCCAACACAACCCAUCAUCAAGUUUCAGUCUAGUGACUUUAUAACUUGCUAUGAGCAUUCAUGAGCCCUUAUAAUGACUUAUAUAACAUAUUGAAAGCCAUAUUAUAUCUCUUCUAAACCUUCUCUCCUUCACACAAUUAAAUACAACAUAAAAUAACAUGAAUUAUAUGAUAUCUAUGCUCUCCUCCCUCCACCCCCAGGAUUGCCACCAUCGAGGUGCAGAUAGCCAAACUGGACAGUGAGGCUUGGCCGGGGCUUCUAGACCCAGAGCGCGACCGCCUGAUCCUCAUCAAUGAGAAGGAGGAGCUACUCAAGGAGCUGCAGUACAUCAAGCCCUGCAAGAGAGCGCCCAAUGACCAGCAGAAGAUUGAGACUGAGAAGAAGAUGCUUGAGAGAGACCUGCAGGCUGCCAGGGACAACCAGAGCAAGGCCCUGACUGAGAGGUGAGCAGGGGAGGUGAUGGGAGUGAUGUGCCCUCUUUCGUUUAUCUCCAACUAAGUAAUGGUGGGGGAAACAUUGGUCAGCCUACGGCUCACAGACAUAUUGAGGGAUGGCCAUCACUCCAUCCCUGGGUAAGGUCACGGUCAGGGAAGGAGGGAUAACAGAGGGGGACUAGAGCUGCACACCAGGAAAGCAUCAUGGUCACAUACAAUGAUACAGGAGAUUUAAAUUAAAGUAAUCCACUCUUCUGUCUUCGCAGGAAACUUUUAUUGCCACUUUUUGGCGUUAGUUAUAUUUCCUUUAGUCAGCACCUCACCAAAAGAGUGCAUUUUUUAUUCAUUUAUACAUCACAUUUCAAAGCUAGCCAGACAACGGGUCGGCGCGUCUGAUGUGUGAAGGAGAGAGGGGGCCAUUGGAAUCCCACUGGAACUAGGCUGCAGUAUACUCACAGAUGGGGAAUAGAUAGGUAGUGAAAAGACAUUGUGCAAGUGCCUCAGGUGCAGCACCUGAUAUGACUGUUACAUAAACACAAAAGGUCUACUCCCUGAUGUGGACCUGGUGAUGGACUGGGCCCGUGGCUCUGUAACAAAUAGAAACUAGACUGAACACUAGCUUUGGAAAACAGACCGACGUCUCCAACUGGGUUCAAGAAAACACUGUCAAACAGGUUGAAAAGCAUCAACACUGUGCUCUCUAUGUUAACCUAACAUUGUGUAUGUUGACCCUGUAAGAGUUACUCCCAGACACACAACACACCUGUGCACCUUUUGUUGUGUUGGAUGCUUCGAUCCGCAUAACCUUUUUUCAUGACAUUCAUGGCUCAUGGUUGUAAUUGGAUCACAGACUGUAGACGUGGAUAGUGUAUGUACUGUAGUGUAGAACCCCUUCCCCCCUCCCCCCUAGCCUUUUACCCAUCACUGGCCCUCUGUAAGGUGCAUUUUUACCCUUUAGUGAUUGGACACCUGCACUGGAUCAAGUAACCAAGGGGACUACAACAAUUGGGCCUUGUGGCUGCGGCACACUCUCUCGUAUUCCUCUCUCUCUCUCUCUCUCUCUCUCACACACACACACAUUCCCUUCUCUCUCUCUCUCUCUCUCUCUCUCUCAUAUUCAUAUUCCCCCUCUAGCCUUCCUAAACAGCUACCUUGUUCUCUGUGCUCAAUACUGUAACUGCAUUGAGUUCCCUCUCUGCUUUCUCCCUUCCUGUAACCUGAGCGGCACAAACCGGGGAUGUAGGUUGGACACAAAAGAUGCCUUUUUCUAACUGCUGGUUCUGUAACCGCGGCCUGGAAGAUGAUCAAAAGACUCAGUUACGAUGUUAUGGCCUGUUUCCAUUAAAGCCUCAUCACACUGACACACUCCCCCAAUAAAUAAAGAACUGGAUAAUAAGAUGUAUUUUAUGAGACAGAAGUGUCUGUCUUUUGUUCUUAUAACUGUGUCUAUAAUGCUGUAUAUCUUUUCAAUCAGGCUGUGACCUAACAUGUUUUGUUUUCUAUCAGAUUGAGAUUGCACUGUAAGAGAAACAAGCUGGUGAGAGAGCUGGAGGAGAUGGUUCGCCUGGCCUCAUCACUACACACUCAGCUCAAGAGGUACACACACUCACCCGUCUAUACAACACAUUCAGCUACUGUCUCCCAACACUACCACACUGUCAGUUCAGGAGGCACACUCACUUAAAUGUAUCUACUAAGCAUUUAAACUCCUAUUGCACAACUCAAUGUGCACAUUCAAAAUGAAAACCGAUUAAGACAUCAUUUUAUUGUCUACAUGGAGACAUGGCAACCUUUUAACCAUGGAGGUCUUGGUCAGGUGAGGUUACAGUCACCAAGGUGUAAUGGUACACUACUACUGUACUCUCUGCUCUAAAGUUGUUCACUAAUCACUACACACUUCUGAGCACAGUCUCUUCUCCUAUCUAACCUCUCACAUCUCAAAAUGGGCUUAGUGCUUCUGAACAUUCAACACUUUCAUCCAACAAACCCAUUUUCCCUCUGAGGCAACUGUAGAGUUGCAAGCUGUUUCAUCAGGUAUUUUAAUAAACAUCACAACCCGGCCUUGCCUGGUCCCCUAAGCCUACUCGCUACCCUUUGAUGGGAAAGAGUGAAACUUUAAUCCAAGGUCUACAGGGGAGCUGGGGAAUGGUGAAGAUCACAUUCCCCUCAUUCACCUGAAAGGAUUUUAUCUUUCAUUUCUUGAACCCCGUAAAUUCACGAGGUCUGUUCUAGACUACGGUAUUUUAUCUUCUGAGUGGCUUGUAUGGUUCAUUCAGUUCUAUGAGGGAGUGUUGGUCUUAAAAGAGUAUGAGGGAGGGAUAGGACAAAGAGUAUUUAAAAUGUUCUCUAAAAGCUCAAGAUGAAAGGUGCCUCAGAGGGUAGCUCUCCUGUUAUCUUCAACCGCUAGUGGUUCCUCCUCACUUCAGUCACAUAGUCUUGUCAAUUUGAAUUUAAGCUCGCAAACACAAAUUAGCAGUUCAGAAAUGUGUUCACUGUGAAACUGAAGCUGUGUUUUAUAAGAUGAUGCAAAGUCUCUGUAAGAGCCGUAUACUGUAUAGGGUGUUCACACAUACAAUUAUUAUUUAAUUCAAUGUUUAUGAAAAUAUUAAUUCAAUAGAAUUUCAUCAGAAAAACAACAUGUCUCUACCAUAUAUAGUUCAAAAGUUACAGACUAUUUACUCUGAGAAUUUAGCGUGAUUAGAGUGAAUAGAAUGUCAUUAUGGCUAUGGCCAAAAAGUGGUCGCUGCUCAAUAGAACUGUCAGUGCUCCAUGGGCAGAACGGUGCUAACUUCAAUCAUCAACUGAUAAGGUAGGUAGUGGCUGCAGGUUCGUGUGUGAUAACAUGGGCUUUUUCUAAAUGAAAUCACUCCCUGAAAAAAAAUCUGUUCCAAUUUUCAUGAUGGAUUUCUGAGUCUCCCCCUUUUAAAUUGCCAUAGAAACGGCCCCUCUUAACAUUGAUUGACCGGGGUUAGAGGAAUAGAGAGCCACAGAUCUGUAGAUGAAAAUGACGAGGGUAUCAAGUUCAUUUUGAUUGGUCCAAAGCGCUGAAACGCCUCCUAAUGUUACCACCUCCCAACGCAGAAAUAUGGAAAAGAUACCAAGAGCUGCGCGGUCUAAAUUAGCAACGUUCACAACAAACUAACGUUCUUAUUUAAUCAACACUGUUAAGUACAAGCAUAUUAAGGUUGUAAUAUUGUAGAGAACAAUCUAAUGAUUCAUAGUAUGUGAUUCAUAAUGAAAACUAGGUUUAGACGUUAAUUUAGUAGCACCCUCUUGAAUUUACCCGUAUUUCACUACAUUCUAGAGCAGUGAAGGAACGCCCUAUACUGUAUUCAAGCUCUUUUAAUAGGUAAACAGUGAUAAUCAAACAAGUACAGUGCUGUGAAAAAGUAUUUGCCCCCUUUCUAAUUUUUGCUACUUUUGCAUAUUUUUUAUACUGAAUGUUAGCAGAUUUUCAACCAAAACCUAAUAUUAGAUAAAGGGAACCUGAGUGAACAAAUAACACAACAAUGACAGUUCAUUUAUUUCAUAAACAAAGUUCUGCAACACCCAAUGCCCUUGUGUGAAAAAGUAAUUGCCCCCUAACACUCAACUGGUUGUGCCACCUUUAGCUGCAAUGACUGCAACCAAAUGCUUAAUGUAGUUGUUGAUCAGUCUUUCACAUCGCUGUGGAGGAAUUUUGGCCCACUUCCAUGCAGAACUACUUUAACUCAGUGACAUUUGUGGCUUUUCGAGCAUGCUCUGCUCGUUUCAAGUCCUGCCACAACAUCUCAAUUGGGAUUAGGUCUGGACUUUCCAAAACUUCACAAAACUUCAGAUUUGUUCUUUUUUUUUGUGCCAUUUUCAUGUAGACUUGAUUGUGUGUUUUGGAUCAUUGUCUUGCUGCAUCACCCAGCUGUGCUUCAGCUUCAGCUCACAGACGGAUGGCCUGACAUUUUCCUGUAUAAUUAUCUGAUACAGAGCAGAAUUCAUGGUUCCUUCUAUUAAGGCAAGUUGUCUGGGUCCUGAGGCAGCAAAGCAUCCCCAAACCAUCACAUUGCUACCACCAUGCUUGACCGUUGGUAUGAGGUUCUUACUGUGGAAUGCAGUGUUUGGUUUUAGCCAGGCAUAAUGGGACCCAUGUCAUCCAAAACGUUAUACUUUUGACUCAUCUGUCCAUCUGUCUUGAUGCUCAUCCAGGUGCUUCCAGGUGCUUUUUGCCAAACUUGAGUCAGCUUUUUGGACGAGAUGGGUCCCAUUAUGCCUGGCGAAAACCAAACACUGCGUUCCAUAGUCAGACCCUCAAAUCAACAGUCAAGCAUGGUGGUGGUAGUGUGAUGGUUUGGGGAUGCUUUGCGGCCUCAGUAUCUGGACGACUUGCCUUAAUAGAAGGAACAGUUCAUACUUGAAAACCCACAAAUGUCGCUAAGCUAAAACAGUUCUGCAUGCAAGACUGGGCCAAAAUUCCUCCACAGCGAUGUGAAAGACUGAUCAACAACUACAGGAAGCAUUUGGUUGCGGUCAUUGUAGUUAAAGGUGGCACAACCAGUUAUUGAGUGUAAGGGGGCAAUUACUUUUUCACACAGGGGGAUUGGGUGUUACAUAACUUUGUUAAUUAAAUAAAUAAAAUAAGUAUAAAUUUUUGUUGUUAUUUGUAAACUCAGAUUCCCUUUAUCUAAUACAGUGCAUUUGGAAAAUAUUCAGACCCCUUGACUUUUUCCACAUUUUGUUACGUUACAGCCUUAUUCUAAAAUGGAUGAAAUUGUUUAUUUUCAUCCUCAAUCUACACACAAUACCCCAUAAUGACAAAGCAAAAACAGGUUUUUGAAAUUUGUGCAAAAGUAUUACAAAUAGAAAACAGAAAUAUGACAUUUACAUAAGUAUUCAGACCCUUUACUCAGUAUUUUGUUGAAGCACCUUUGGCAGGGAUUACAGCCUUGAGUCUUCUUGGGUAUGACUCUACAAGCUUGGCACACCUGUAUUUGGGGAGUUUCUCCCAUUCUUCUCUGCAGAUCCUCUCAAGCUCUGUCAGGUUGGAUGGGGAGCGUCACUGCACAGCUAUUUUCAGGUCUCUCCAGGAGAUGUUUAAUCGGGUUCAAGUCCGGGCUCUGGCUGGGCCACUCAAGGACAUUCAGAGACUUGUCCCGAAGCCACUCCUGCGUUGUCUUGGCUGUGUGCUUAGGGUUGUUGUCCUGUUGGAAGGUGAACCUUCGCCCCAGUCUGAGGUCCUGAGUGUUCUGGAGCAGGUUUUCAUCAAAGAUCUCUCUGUACUUUGCUCCGUUCAUCUUUCCCUCGAUCCUGACUAGUCUCCCAGUCCCUGCCGCUGAAAAACAUCCCCCCCAGCAUGAUGCUGCAACCACCAUGCUUCACCGUAGGGAGGAUGCCAGGUUUCCUCCAGACGUGACGCUUGGAAUUCAGGCCAAAGAGUUCAAUCUUGGUUUCAUUAGACCAGAGAAUCUUGUUUCUCAUGGUCUGAGAGUCCUUUAGGUGCCUUUUGGCAAGGUCCAAGCGGGCUGUCAUGUGCCUUUUACUGAGGAGUGGCUUCUGUCUAGCUACUCUACCAUAAAGGCCUUAUUGGUGGAGUGCUGCAGAGAUUGUUGUCCUUCUGGAAGGUUCUCCCAUCUCCACAGAGGAACUCUGGAGCUCUUGGUCACCUCCCUGACCAAGGCCCUUCUCCCCCGAUUGCUCAGUUUGGCCGGGCGGCCAGCACUAGGAAGAGUCUUGGUGGUUCCAAACUUCUUCCAUUUCAAAUUGAUGGAAGCCACUGUGUUCUUGGGGACCUUCAAUGCUGCAGAAUGUUUUUGGUACCCUUCCCCAGAUCUGUGCCUUGACACAAUCCUGUAUCGGAGCUCUAUGGACAGUUCCUUCGACCUCAUGGCUUAGUUUUUGAUCGACAUGCACUUUCAACUGUGGGACCUUAUAUAGACAGGUGUGUGCCUUUCCAAAUCAUGUCCAAUCAAUUGAAUUUACCACAGGUGGACUCCAAUCAAGUUGUAGAAACAUCUGAAGGAUGAUCAAUGGAAACAGGAUGCAUCUGAGCUCAAUUUCGAGUGUCAUAGCAAAGGGUCUGAAUACUUAUGUAAAUAAGGUAUUUCUGUUUUAUUUUUAAUACAUUUGCAAACAUUCUUAACUUGUUUUUGAUUUGUCAUUAUGGGUUACUGUGUGGAGAUUGAUGAGGAAAAAAAUGAAUAUAAUCCAUUUUAGAAUAAGGCUGUAACGUAACAAUGUGGAAAAAGUCAAGGGGUCUGAAUACUUUCCGAAUGCGCUGUAUUAGGUUUAGGUUGAAGAUCAGAUAACAUUCAGUAUCAAAAAUAUGCAAAAAUAAAGAAAAUCAGAAAGGGGGCAAAUACUUUUUCACGGCACAAACUGUAAUAAUAGCGAUUCUCUCUCUCUGUGUCUGUCUCUGUGUUUUUGUUCUCCUAUCAUGCCUAAUUCAUCCUCUGUUUCUGGCUGAUAUACAGUACAUCAAAGGGCUGAAAUGCAGAGAAACUCCCCUGUGUCAUUCCUUAUGCGCUUGCCAAGCCAUAAUUAGGGUGUUUGCUGUAGAGCAGAAACUGCAUUUGAAGUCACGGAGGGCUAAAAGAGGGGAGGAAAAUAGGGUUUCCAGUGCCCACAAAGACAGGGGAAUGGCUACGGAAGGCAUAGGUCUGCCUGGAGUGUGCUCCUAGCGCUUCUAACACUGUGGUCUUCUCUCCCUCUCUUUAUCUCUGUCGCUUGGUCCCUCGUUCGCUUUAUCACCCAUUCCCUCUGUUUUUCUCUCUCCCGCUCUCCUUUUCUUUCUGGCCCCAAUUUUCUCUCUCUCUCUCUCCCUCCUCUCUGCCCUCUUUCUGUCUCAUUAUGUCCCUCCUUCCUUCUCCCCCUCCAAUCCUCUCCUCUCUGCCUCUCUCUUUCUCCCCAUCUACACCCAUCCCCUCUCUCUUCUCUUCUCUAUGCCUUCUUUCUGUCUCAUUCUCUCUUCCCUCCUUAUCCCCAUCCAACCCUCUCUUCCCUCUCUCCCUACAGUCUGUCGGCCAGCACGCUGUCGUGUUCGUCAGGCAGCAGCCGUGGCUCGUUGACCUCCAGCCGGGGCUCUUUGGCCACCACAUCCUCCCUGGGCUCCACCUCCUCCCUGAGCUUUACCGACAUCUACCUGGAGCAGCCCGAGCUGGGAGACCUCGACUUCCAGAACAAACUGGAAACCCUACUGCAGGAGGGCGGCCCGGGGAUCAGCUACCGGCCCUCCAGCUCCAUCACCACCAUCCACGAGCACGAGGUGGUCCCCGUAGUCGAUGCCGGGACCUGGGGGGACACGGGGGGUGUUGUCGGCGGGGGAGCGGAGGCCGGCACCAGGCUACAGGCGCUGAGACUUUCAGAGACGCCGAGGUCCAUGAGCUCGCUGUCGCCGAGGUCUUCGUUGUCGUCGCUCUCGCCACCCUGCUCGCCCCUGGUCACGGACUCCACAUUCCUCUCAGGGGAGGGGUUUGCAGUGGGGGGGGGCCUGGGGGGGCUGGACGUGGAGCUGCAUAGCAGGCUGACAGAGCUGGGGUUGGACAGGGAGGAGCAGCAGCACCGUGGAGGUGGAGGGGUGGAGAUGGACACCAAGCAGGCCAUGACUGGAGAGGUGCUUAAAGGUACAGUCACUGUCUAUUAUCUGACAUUGGUACAGCAUUGUCAGAAGAGUCAUUGUAUGAACUGCGACUGUGCAGUGGUGGAAAAAGUACCCAAUUUUCAUACUUGAGAAAAAGUAAAGAUACCUUAAUAGAAAAUGACUCAAGUGAAAGUCACCCAGUAAAAUACCACUUGAGUAAAAGUAUUUGGAUUUAAAUAUACUUAAGUAUCAAAAGUAAAAGUAUAAAUAAUUUCAAAUUCCUUACGGCAUCAUUUACUAUUUUUUAUUUACGGAUAGCCAGGGGCAUGUUUCAACACUCAGACAGCAUUUACAAACGAAGCAUGUGUUUAGUGAGUCCCCCAGAUAAGAGGCAGUAGGGAUGACUAGGGAUCUUCUCUUGAUAUGUGUGUGAAUUAGACAAAUUUCCUGUCCUGCUAAGCAUUUAAAAUGUUAUGAGUACUUUUGGUUGUCAGGGAAAUUUUAUGGAGUAAAAAGUACAUACUUUUCUUUAGGAAUGUAGUGAAGUAAGUUGUCAAAAAUAUAAAUAUUAAAGUAAAGUACAGAUACCCCAAAAAACUACUUAAGUAGUACUUUCAAGUGUUUUACUUGAGUACUUUACACCACCACUUGUGUUACUAUGAGGUGGGGUGUAGUGGAGUAUAUAGUAAUCUCCAUUGUGAUCCAUAAAGAAUGAAUGUUUGAAUUAUUUAAAUAAUUUGCAACAGUUUGAGAUCCACACAACACAUUACAAAUCAGAGCAAUGGCAGUGUCAGCAACACAUUAAGAAAAAUAUUAAUGUGAAUAUAUAUACACACACACACACACACACACACACACACACACACAGUGAGGGAAAAAAGUAUUUGAUCCCCUGCUGAUUUUGUACAUUUGCCCACUGACAAAGAAAUGAUCAGUCUAUAAUUUUAAUGGUAGGUUUAUUUGAACAGUGAGAGACAGAAUAACAACAAAAAAAUCCAGAAAAAAAACGCUAGUCAAAAAUGUUAUAAAUUGAUUUGCAUUUUAAUAGGGGAAAUAAGUAUUUGACCCCCUCUCAAUCAGAAAGAUUUCUGGCUCCCAGGUGUCUUUUAACAGGUAACGAGCUGAGAUUAGGAGCACACUCUUAAAAGGAGUGCUCCUAAUCUCAGUUUGUUACCUGUAUAAAAGACACCUGUCCACAGAAGCAAUCAAUCAAUCAGAUUCCAAACUCUCCACCAUGGCCAAGACCAAAGAGCUCUCCAAGGAUGUCAGGGACAAGAUUGUAGACCUACACAAGGCUGGAAUGGGCUACAAGACCAUCGCCAAGCAGCUUGGUGAGAAGGUGACAACAGUUGGUGCGAUUAUUUGCAAAUGGAAGAAACACAAAGGACUGUCAAUCUCCCUCGGCCUGGGGCUCCAUGCAAGAUCUCACCUCGUGGAGUUGCAAUGAUCAUGAGAACGGUGAGGAAUCACCCCAGAAAUACACGGGAGGAUCUUGUCAAUGAUCUCAAGGCAGCUGGGACCUUAGUCACCAAGAAAACAAUUGGUAACACACUACGCCGUGAAGGACUGAAAUCCUGCAGCGCCCGCAAGGUCCCCCUGCUCAAGAAAGCACAUAUACAGGGCCGUCUAAAGUUUGCCAAUGAACAUCUGAAUGAUUCAGAGGAGAACUGGGUUGAAAGUGUUGUGGUCAGAUGAGACCAAAAUCGAGCUCUUUGGCAUCAACUCAACUCGCCGUGUUUGGAGGAGGAGGAAUGCUGCCUAUGACCCCCAAGAACACCAUCCCCACCGUCAAACAUGGAGGUGGAAACAUUAUGCUUGGGGGUGUUUUUCUGCUAAGGGGACAGGACAACUUCACCGCAUCAAAGGGACGAUGGACGGGCCAUGUACCGUCAAAUUUGGGUGAGAACCUCUUUCCCUCAGCCAGGGCAUUGAAAAUGGGUCGUGGAUGGGUAUUCCAGCAUGACAAUGACCCAAAACACACGGCCAAGGCAACAAAGGAGUGGCUCAAGAAGAAGCACAUUAAGGUCCUGGAGUGGCCUAGCCAGUCUCCAGACCUUAAUCCCAUUGACAAUCUGUGGAGGGAGCUGAAGGUUCGAGUUGCCAACGUCAGGCUCCCAAAUUUUUUAGGUUUUGGGGCGGGUUUUGGGGUUUUGCAAAAACCCUCCAGUUUCUUUUUCCCCCUUCCAAACUUUAAAAAGGGUUUUUUUUGGAGUUUUUUUAAAAACCCCAAAAAUUUUUAAAUUUUUUUUUUUUUUUUUUUUUUUUUUUUUUUUUUUUUUUUUUUCAUUGACAUGGACAUUCUCCCAAUCCUCUUCUGGAUCAUCAAAUGACUUCAGAGGGGCCCGGAAAAUGUAGGGCUUAACGGGGGACACGUCUCGCAUUGAGGAUUUGAGUCCCUGGCGGCGUAGUGUGUUACUGAUGGUUGGCUUUGUUACUUUGGUCCCAGCUCUCUGCAGGUCAUUCACUAGGUCCCCCCGUGUGGUUCUGGGAUUUUUGCUCACCGUUCUUGUGAUCAUUUUGACCCCACGGGGGGGAGAUCUUGCGUGGAGCCCCAGAUCGAGGGAGAUUAUCAGUGGUCUUGUAUGUCUUCCAUUUCCUAAUAAUUGCUCCCACAGUUGAUUUCUUCAAACCAAGGUGCUUACCUAUUGCAGAUUCAGUCUUCCCAGCCUGGUGCAGGUCUACAAUUUUGUUUUUGGUGUCCUUUGACAGCUCUUUCGUCUUGGCCAUUGUGAAAUUUGGAGUGUGACUGUUUGAGGUUGUGGACAGGUGUCUUUUAUACUGAUAACAAGUUCAAACAGGUGCCAUUAAUACAGGUAACGAGUGGAGGACAGAGGAGCCUCUUAAAGAAGAAGUUACAGGUCUGUGAGAGCCAGAAAUCUUGCUUGUUUGUAGGUGACCAAAUACUUAUUUUCCACCAUAAUUGCAAAUAAAUUCAUUAAAAAUCCUACAAUGGGAUUUUCUGGAUUUUUUUUUCUCAAUUUGUCUGUCAUAGUUGACGUGUACCUAUGAUGAAAAUUGCAGGCCUCUCUCAUCUUUUUAAGUGGGAGAACUUGCACAAUUGGUGGCUGACUAAAUACUUUUUUCCCCCACUGUAUAUAGUAAUCUCCAUUGUGAUCCAUAAAGAAUGAAUGUUUGAAUUAUUUAAAUAAUUUGCAACAGUUUGAGAUCCACACAACACAUUACAAAUCAGAGCAAUGGCAGUGUCAGCAACACAUUAAGAAAAAUAUUAAUGUGAAUAUAUAUACACACACACACACACACACACACACACACACACACACACACACACAGUGAGGGAAAAAAGUAUUUGAUCCCCUGCUGAUUUUGUACAUUUGCCCACUGACAAAGAAAUGAUCAGUCUAUAAUUUUAAUGGUAGGUUUAUUUGAACAGUGAGAGACAGAAUAACAACAAAAAAAUCCAGAAAAAAAACGCUAGUCAAAAAUGUUAUAAAUUGAUUUGCAUUUUAAUAGGGGAAAUAAGUAUUUGACCCCCUCUCAAUCAGAAAGAUUUCUGGCUCCCAGGUGUCUUUUAACAGGUAACGAGCUGAGAUUAGGAGCACACUCUUAAAAGGAGUGCUCCUAAUCUCAGUUUGUUACCUGUAUAAAAGACACCUGUCCACAGAAGCAAUCAAUCAAUCAGAUUCCAAACUCUCCACCAUGGCCAAGACCAAAGAGCUCUCCAAGGAUGUCAGGGACAAGAUUGUAGACCUACACAAGGCUGGAAUGGGCUACAAGACCAUCGCCAAGCAGCUUGGUGAGAAGGUGACAACAGUUGGUGCGAUUAUUUGCAAAUGGAAGAAACACAAAGGACUGUCAAUCUCCCUCGGCCUGGGGCUCCAUGCAAGAUCUCACCUCGUGGAGUUGCAAUGAUCAUGAGAACGGUGAGGAAUCACCCCAGAAAUACACGGGAGGAUCUUGUCAAUGAUCUCAAGGCAGCUGGGACCUUAGUCACCAAGAAAACAAUUGGUAACACACUACGCCGUGAAGGACUGAAAUCCUGCAGCGCCCGCAAGGUCCCCCUGCUCAAGAAAGCACAUAUACAGGGCCGUCUAAAGUUUGCCAAUGAACAUCUGAAUGAUUCAGAGGAGAACUGGGUGAAAGUGUUGUGGUCAGAUGAGACCAAAAUCGAGCUCUUUGGCAUCAACUCAACUCGCCGUGUUUGGAGGAGGAGGAAUGCUGCCUAUGACCCCCAAGAACACCAUCCCCACCGUCAAACAUGGAGGUGGAAACAUUAUGCUUUGGGGGUGUUUUUCUGCUAAGGGGACAGGACAACUUCACCGCAUCAAAGGGACGAUGGACGGGGCCAUGUACCGUCAAAUCUUGGGUGAGAACCUCUUUCCCUCAGCCAGGGCAUUGAAAAUGGGUCGUGGAUGGGUAUUCCAGCAUGACAAUGACCCAAAACACACGGCCAAGGCAACAAAGGAGUGGCUCAAGAAGAAGCACAUUAAGGUCCUGGAGUGGCCUAGCCAGUCUCCAGACCUUAAUCCCAUUGACAAUCUGUGGAGGGAGCUGAAGGUUCGAGUUGCCAAACGUCAGGCUCGAAACCUUAAUGACUUGGAGAAGAUCUGCAAAGAGGAGUGGAACAAAAUCCCUCCUGAGAUGUGUGCAAACCUGGUGGCCAACUACAAGAAACGUCUGACCUCUGUGAUUGCCAACAAGGGUUUUGCCACCAAGUACUAAGUCAUGUUUUGCAGAGGGGUCAAAUACGUAUUUCCCUCAUUAAAAUGCAAAUCAAUUUAUAACAUUUAUGACAUGCGUUUUUCUGGAUUUUUUGGUUGUUAUUCUGUCUCUCACUGUUCAAAUAAACCUACCAUUAAAAUUAUAGACUGAUCAUGUCUUUGUCAGUGGGCAAACGUACAAAAUCAGCAGGGGAUCAAAUACUUUCUGGCCCACCGUUACCUGUGUGGUGGUGUUGUAAAGUGAACCUACUCCAGCUAUGCAACUCAACACCGGUUCCCAUGGCUGCAACGGGGGAAAGGUUGUGACAAGGUGUUGUCUUUCUCUACACUCCUCUUUUCCUAUCCUCCUCUUUCCAACCCCAUUUUCACAUAGAUGGCGUAGCGCAGGUCCGAGGGACGGCAGGGGCUGGGUCUAAGAAGAUGGGUGUGACGUCAGCAGUGUCUGAUGAGUCGGUGGCGGGUGACAGCGGGGUGUACGAGCCCUCGGAGAGGUGGGUACUGUAGUAGCCACUGGGUCACCUGGAGGAGAGGUGUUCUUUACACUGGAGUCUGACCCGUCACUGAUAGUAAGAAAAGAUAGUGCUUCAUUAACACCCCUAUCUAUCUAUAUUAAAGUGAACAUUGUCUCAAUCAAUGACUGUAUAUAUGAAUGGACAAAGCCAUCGAUCACAUAACGCCAUUCAUGCCUAUGUAAAGACUCAAUAGCGCAUUGAAGCCAAAUUAAGUUGGUUCAGAUGGCUUCUCAUGGAGACAUAACAUGCGCAGUUUGAGCUACAAGAAGUGGCGUUGCAGGCUAGCUCAGUGCUGCCUCCUCUCAUUGAGUAACUGAAGUUAAAGGCCAACAGGGGGGUACUGCAGGUGCCAUUAGCAACUCAAUUAUUUACAUUUACGUCAUUUAGCAGACGCUCUUAUCCAGAGCGACUUACAGUUAGUGAGUGCAUACAUUUUCAUACUGGUGCAUACAUUUUCAUGUGGGAAACGAACCCACAACCCUGGUGUUGCAAGCGCCAUGCUCUACCAACUGAGCUACAGGGGACUUAACUUUGUGUGCGUUUAAAAAAAAAAUAUAUAUACAUAUUUUAAAUAAUCGUUUCAAGGACAUACAUCUGGUGUUUGAGAAGCAAUUAUUGGUACCAUGAUUGUCUUAAAAUUAUUAUUAUCUUUACACGAAGAUUGACCACUAAUUUUGCUCAUCCACCUAAUGCCACGUACACAUCGUGACAUAUUUCAUUACGGCGUACGGCAUCAUCACGCAAUCUCGUUCAGCUACUGGAUGGAGAGCUUAGGGUUUCACAAUGCAUGACAAGAUGAAGAGCCUAGUCUCUUCAAAGAUCACAUUUAUUUUGGGAGAUUGCAAAAUAUGAUAUUUUCAUUCAAGACAUGAGAAACAUAUUGUUUCAGGUGAUCAUAAAACAUGUUUAGUUACUUUUUCCUUAACUUGUUUCUCUAACUUUCUAGCAAGUUAAGCUAGCUUACAGAGCAGCUAGCUAAAAGCUAGGCUUGGUUGAAGAUACUGUAGCUAGCGACCUCCAUCUAAUAAUUAUCAUAAAAAACAAACGUCAUUACAUCACAAUAAACUAAAACGGGUUUAUAAAAUAAUUGGCUCAACAGUCAAUGUGUAUUAUUUAACAUUACUAUUAAAAUAGUACUCACUUAUAGGAAUGGGUAAUUGUUUACAAGCUGUUAAAUAUCCCAUAAAGCCGUUCUGUGGUUUGGUCAAUUCCGUUUCUUUUUUUUUCUUGAUUUUAUUUGUAAAAAAUCUCCAAACAAAACAAAACAUACAAGAGACAACAUACAGACGCACACAAACAUCAACAACAUCACUCCUGCCCCAUCUGUUCUCACCCCCAUCUCCAGUGCCUGCACUAUUCUCUUCCACAUGUCCUCAAAUUGCAUCAUUUUGUUCCUCUCUGUCGCCCACGCUCUUUCAAUAUUCAGAUAAUGACGCAUUAGAUUUUUCCAUUGUCUUAACGAUGGAGGAUUGGUUGAUUUUCCAGUUAAGUAAAUGUUUUUUCAAGACCAUUGACAAGAAGAGUAUCGUCCAACCCAUCGGGUAUCUCACUGCCCCCUCAUAUGACAUGUCUUGAAAUAUGCAGACAGACAGAUUAAAAGUAAAUUUACAUUGUAAUACUUCUAACAGCCAACUUUCUAACUCCGCCCAUAACUUUUGGACUUUAUAGCAUUCUCAGAAGGCAUGGAUUGAGUCGUUAGUUUUACACUUAAGACAUGACUCUGUCGUUGUUCUGUAGACUUUGUGAACUUUGGUCUCUAUACAUGAGUAUACUGGAUUAAGGGUACAUUUUCGUUACCUGUAAUUUCUUUAGUUAUGUUCCAACAUUCCCUCCAUCUUGUGCCAAUAUCAGUUAUUUUUAUGUCUUGGUUCCAAUAGUUUAUAUUUUUUUCUAAGGGGUUGUCAGUUGGAUAGGCUCUCUGCAAAGUUUUGUAUAUCUUACCUAUCAUAUGAAUACCCUUUUCUGACUCAAAUAGGAUUCCUUCAAGAUUGCUCUGAUGUCCAAAAGAUUUCCAAUCGAAAUGUUGUGAUAUGAAACUUUUAAGUUGCAUCUAUUUGAAAAUAUCUGCAUUGGUUAGUCCAAAAUUCAGUUUUAAUUCUGUCAUGGAAAUAAAUGUAUUUCCUAUUACCAAGUCAUUGACGGCUUCUAUGCCUUUAGUUUUACAUGUGGACCAAUUUAUCGGUGCAUUCUGAAGGAUUGUUCCAUAGGGUUGUGUUUUUAGGGAGUGAUAUUGGUUCUUGUAGAAUCCAAUUCAUUUUCUUCCAUAUUGUUAUAGUGUUCUUAACUAUGAAGUUGUUAAUGCUCUUAGCUUUAUCCUUUUGAAAAUAGACAUGAAAAGUUUCUGGGGAUGAGCAUGCACAUCUUCAAUAUGUACCCAUUGUUCGUCUUUAGUGCAUUUAACAAUAUGUCUCAAGUAAAAGCCUUGGGUGGCAAGUUGAUACAAUUCCAAGACUGGGAGGUUAAAACCACCCUCAGACUUAGGGAGAUGUAAAACGUCCCUUUUUAUUCUAUGAGUUUUAUUUGCCAAAAUGAAGUCUGUUAUGACCGAGUAUACAUUUUUUAAAAGAAUGUCUUCGGUGGGGUAAUUGGUAUUACUGAGAAUAAAUAUAAAAACUUUGGGAGCCAUGCCAUUCUGAAGAGGUUUAUUCUACCUGUAAGAUUUAUGGGAAGAUUGUUCCAUUUUAAAAGAUCUGCUUUCAUAUUGUUGAGUAAUGGGAUAAAGAAAUGUUAAGAGUAUUCUGAAAAUAUUUUUAGCAAGAGAUGCAUUGAGUUUUCAAUAUUGGUUAGGUAUAUGAGCAGAUCAUCGGCAAAUAAGUUUAGUUUAUAUUCAUGUUUACUGAUACCUGUCACGUUUGGGUAACUUCCUGUUUUAUUGACUGACUCUGCCUGCACUGAAGAUGACACAAAGUUUGGAAAAUGUCAAAGUAUGUGGCAUCCGUUUCGCAACUGAGCCUUCAACCGCAAGGGGGUGCUGCGGUACCACUCUGUUGUGGAUGGUCCCCAUUGAAAUUAAUGACAUCUGGUGGAACGCAACGGACUGCUUAGAUGUAAUGUGAAUGAGACGUAACCUCAUUGUGCUUAACACUAGUUCCUAAAUCUGAAAAUCACUCCGCUCUCGGUAGCUAUGAUGCACUGGCUACUACGGCAAAUCAUGCUCGAUAAGCUGAGCAAACAGCUAGCAGCCUAGUGCAAGCUUGUUUGAAUGGCCAUACGGUAGCUAGUUUGCCAGCUUGUUGAUGAAGUUGUACGGCAAGUUAUGGGACUGUUAUCAGAAAUCAGCAUGUAUUUGACUCUGACAACUGGCACUGUGCCUCACUACUUUGUAACAUUUGGCCAACACAAUAACGUCACAGAGAGCAGUCAGCUAUGCUUUAGAACUCGGUGCACUAAUCACUGCAGAACAGAUAUCAUGAAAAGUCAUUUGUGCAUUAGCUAGAACUUCAUUACACUAACUAGCUAUGUAGAGGGAGUAUUCAGCAGUGUGUGAACUGCCGUUGUUAAUAUCCCUGCCUUUCGUUUCAUAUGGAUUUAUUUGAGACUAGUUCAGCCAGUAAGUAGACACUAUGCGUUAGCUUGCACAUUUUUGUGCAGAUUUAGAAUUUCAUAAAUACUGAUUCUUCCACACAAAACACCUUAGCUAGAUGUAGAAUUAGGUAGACUUGCUCAUGACAAAAAAAAGCAUUAAUAUUAGCUACAGUUUUAUCGUUUUUGGUAAGGUUAACUCUGACAAACCUCCUGGUACUGACAACUUGGAUGGAAAAUUACUGAAGAUGGUAGGGGACUAUAUUGCCACUCCUAUUUGCCAUCUCUUUAAUCUAAGCCUACAGGAAAGUGUGUGCCCUCAGGCCUGGAGGGAAGCAAAAAUCAUUCCGCUACCCAAGAAUAGCAAGUCACCCAUUACUGGUUCAAACAGCCAACCAAUACUUAUUUCCCUAAUUAAAAUGCAAAUCAAUUUAUAACAUUUUUGACAUGCGUUCUUCUGGACUUUUUUGUUGUUAUUCUGUCUCUCACUGUUCAAAUAAACCUACCAUUAAAAUUAUAGACUGAUCAUGUCUUUGUCAGUGGGCAAACGUACAAAAUCAGCAGGGGAUCAAAUACUUUCUUCCCUCACUGUAUGUACGCUGAUGACUCAACAUUAUACACGUCAGCUACCACAGCAAAUUAAAUCACUGCAGCACUUAACAAAGAGCUGCAGUCAGUUUUAGAAUGGGUGGCAAGUGAUAAACUAGUCCUAAAUAUAUCAAGUUGAGGAGAAUAAACUGCUUGGUGAAACCCUAGAUUGUAAACUGACGUGGUCAAAAACAUUGAUGCAACGGUAGCUAAGAUGGGGAGAGGUCUGUCCUUGAUAAAGCGCUGCUCUGCUUUCUUGACAUCAUAAUCAACAAAACAAGGCCUACAGGCCCUAGUUUUAUCACACCAGGACUACUGCCCAGUCAUAUGGUCAAGUGUUACAAAGAAAGACAUAGGCAAAUUACAGUUGGCCCAGAGCAGCACGGCUGGCCCGUAAAUGUACCCGGAGGCCUAAUAUCAAUAACAUGCAUGUCAAUCUCUCCUAGCUCAAAGUAAAGAUGUCUGUUCAAACAGCUAACACACAGCUCAGACGCCCAUACAUACUCCACAGGACAUGCCACCAGGGGUCUCUUCACAGUCCAGAACAGACUCUGGGAAACGCGCAGUACCACAUACUGUAGAGCCAUGACUACAUGGACCUCUCUUUCACAUCAAGUAACUCAAGCGAGCAGUAAAAUCGGACUUAAAAAAAACAUAAAACAACACCUCACAGCACAACGCGGACUGUGAAGACACACACAAACACGCAUACGCACACACAUUGUAAUAUUGUAGUGUUGUAAAUGUUGUGUUGUGAAUUUGUGGUGGUAGAGUAGUAAUGUAGUGAUGUCUUGCAUGAUGUAUUGUUUAUUUGGGAUGUAGGCUGUUGCGUUCUGUUGUGAUAUAAUUGUUUUAAUCCUGUUUGGACCCCAGGAAGAGUAUCUGCUGCCCUGGCAGCAGCUAAUGGGGAUCCUAAUAAAAUAAAAUAAAAAAUACUAUUUUUUUAUUUUUUAGGAUGAAAGGGGGUUCAGUGGACAAUGUCACCUUGGUAAUAUUUUUGAAUGUUAGGACAGCAUAUUGUAGCCAAACUUAUUUUUUGCAAUCCCAUGAGUGUUUGGGAGUUAUCAGACAGAUCAGUGCGGAAGAGGCAAAUCGAGAGGGUUUACUGCCGUCAAAAUCUGUCCACGAUAAGCAGACCAAUAAGCAGAUUGCCUGCCUUCCCGCCUUUGGGACAACGACUCCCAUUGUUAGGGCGGCUCGAGACAAGACCAUCUCGUCAUUAUAUACAGUAUCUCUGGAUUACAUCAAGUGUUCGCUGGAGACAAGCUGUCUGCAGUACUAUUUGUCAAGCAAACAUCCAGCACAUUUGCAUUGUGUUUUGUUUGCACCGUUUGGCCCUUGAGCGUGAGGGUAUUUUUGUCAUAUACUGUAUGUUGCCAGUCCCUCUCACAACUUACUGUGCUGUUUUGAAGUCUGGUAGCCAGAUCUGUUUCGACUGAUAUCACCUCCUAUAAUUUUUGUGACAUGACUUCAAAUGUAAGGUUAAUAGCUAAAGCACAAACCAGGACUGGCUUCCAGGUACUGUAUUUGAUAGCUGCUUUGUGGAUCUACCCCUAAACCUGUUGUAUGUGUCACUGUUCCCAGGCCUGUCCCCCCAGCAGAGCUGCUGCUUGGCUGUGAGGAGAGGGGAGGUCCUCUAGGCUGUGCCCAGGUCAGACUGGGCCUGAAGUACGAGGUGAAAGACAAGCGUUUCACCGUGUUCAUCAUGCAGCUCUCCAACUGCAGCGCCCUCACCCUGCUGCCCAACCACAAAAUGUAUGUAGCAAAGUUGCCUUUUCUCUUUCCUUUAGGAGUGAAUGACUGUCAUUACUUGUUAGGUUAUGUGAAACAAACACCUCUCAGAUGACUGUCUGUGAGCAUACAGUGCAUUCGGAAAGUAUUCAGACCCCUUGACUUUUUUCACAUUUUGUUACGUUACAGCCUUAUUCUAAAAUUGAUUAAAUUGUCGUCGUCCCCCCCUCAUUAAUCUACACACAAUACCCCAUAAUGACAAAGCAAAAACAUGUUUAAAAAAAACGGAAAUAUCACAUUUACAUAAGUAUUCAGACCCUUCACUCAGUACUUUGUCGAAACACCUUUGGCAGCGAUUAUAGCCUUGAGUCUUCUUGGGUAUGACACUACAAGCUUGGCACACCUGUAUAUGGGGAGUUUCUCCCGUUCUUCUCUGCAGAUCCUCUCAAGCUCUGUCAGGUUGGAUGGGGAGCGUCGCUGCACAGCUAUUUUCAGGUGUCUCCAUAGAUGUUCAAGUCUGUGCUCUGGCUGGGCCACUCAAGGACAUUCAGAGACAUGUCCCGAAGCCACUCCUGCAUUGUCUUGGCUGUGUGCUUAGGGUCAUUGUCCUGUUGGAAGGUGAACAUUCGCCCCAGUCAGGUCCUGAGCGCUCUGAAGCAGGUUUUCAUCAAGGAUGUUUCUGUACUUUUGCUCCGUUCAUCUUUCCCUCGAUCCUGACUAGUCUCCCAGUCCCUGCCGCUGAAAAACAUCCCCACAGCAUGAUGCUGCCAACACUAUGCUUCACCGUAGGGAUGGUGCCAGGUUUCCUCCAGACAUGCUUCAAUCUUGGUUUCAUCAGACCAGAUAAUCUUGUUUCUCAUGGUCUGAUAGUCCUUUAGGUGCCUUUUGGCAACUCCCAAGCGGGCUGUCAUGUGCCUUUUACUGAGGAGUGGUUCUGUCUGGCCAAUCUACCAUAAGGGCCUGAUUGGUGGAGUGCUGCAGAGAUGGUUGUCCUUCUGGAAGGUUCUCCCAUCUCCACAGAGGAACUCUGGAGCUCUGUCAGAGUGACCAUCCGGUUCUUGAUCACCUCCCUGACCAAGGCCCUUCUCCCCCGAUUGCUCAGUUUGGCCGGGCGGCCUGCUCUAGGAAGAGUCUUGGCGGUUCCAAACUUCUUCCAUUUAAGAAUGAUGGAGGCCACUGUGUUCUUGGGGACCUUCAAUGCUGCAGAAAUGUUUUGGUACCCUUCCCCAGAUCUGUGCCUCGACACAGUCCUGUCUCGGAGCUCUACGGACAAUUCCUUCGACCUCAUGGCUUGGUUUUUGCUCUGGCGUGCACUGUCAACUGUGGGACCUUAUAUAGACAGGUGUGCCUUUCCAAAUCAUGUCCACUCAAUUGAAUUUACCACAGGUGGACUCCAAUCAAGUUGUAGAAACAUCUCAAGGAUGAUCAAUGGAAACAGGAUGCACCUGAGCUCAAUUUCGAGUCUCAUAGCAAAGGGUCUGAAUACUUAUGUAAAUAAGGUAUUUCCGUUUUUAUUUUAUUGUAUUUUUUCACACAACAAAUAACAACCUGUUUUCUCUUUGUCAUUAUGGGGUAUUGUGUGUAGAUUGAUGUUUUAUUGAAUCAAUUUUAGAGUAAGGCUGUAACGUAACAAAAUGUGGAAUACUUUCCGAAUGCUCUGCGUGCUGUCUGUGUGUGGGAGUCUGUGUACCCAAUUUUCUCAUUUAAGUCGGUGUGUUUGUAUUAAAAGUACUGUGUGUCCUUUGUCCUCAACGGUACACUCAACUGUGUGCACAUUAUCUAGGUGUUUAACUGUGUGUCCCCUCUGUAGGUACAUCCGUGUGGCGGUCCUCCCCUGCUCUGAGUCCACCCGCUGCCUCUUCCGGACGCGCGGCUCUCUCCCCCAGGAUGCCGUGGAGGUCAACGAAGUCUUCGGCAUCCAGAUGGCCCACAAUGUCCUGCGGCAGAAGACCCUGAGGGUGGACGUGUGCCACACAAGCCCGUCUGGCCGCGAGGAGUGUCUGGUGAGUUUAACGACACUCAUCUGUAAGUUAGCGUCAACAUAACAAAUAGUCCUUAUCACCAGCACACCCAUAUACAAUAGAAACACUGCCGGUGGUGUGUUUGCUAAAUGUACAUUGAAAUCCCAAUGUAUACCUUUUAAGCUUUCACUCCUGUUGUUAUUGAAUCAUAUUACAGUGGUUUAUUGCCAUAAGUGAGCAUAAGUGGAUUUUUGUCCCUUUGACACUCCGUACUGUCUCAUGCAUGAAGUCUGUUACGUCAGUGUAUAACAUCCUUCAGUAAACCGCCUUUUAACUCUUAUAAUGUCUCCCUCCUCCUCCCUCCUCUCCUCUGGGCAGGCUGGUGCUCAGAUAAGCCUGGCUGAUGUCAACACCUCUGGGGAGAGGUGUGUCAAGUGCUACAACCUCCUCAGCUACUCCUUCAUGCCCCAGAUCAAUAGCAAGGACAAAGAGACCGGGAUGGCUACACAGUCUGAAAGGGUAACAUAGACCUUCAUUCUUCCUGUAUAACAAUAGGCUGCAUUUCAAAAUGAAAUGGGUCUGUUAUUGUAAAUCUGUAUAUAGACGUGUUACAUAGAAGUGUUAUUAAUUUAUAAACAUACUGUAUGUAUCUAAUGAAUGCAUGUAAUAGAUGAGUAACAAUGUGUGUGUGUGUUCCAGUGCUCUGUCCCCACCACAGAGAGAGUAGCAGGCAGUCUGGAGGGUGCACCAGAGGAGGAUGAAUGGUGAGCUCGCCCUACGCUAACAACAGCACCUUUAUGCCUUUAUUCUCCUGUCUUCUCAUCUCUCCUCCUCCUCCCCCUAUCAACCUCUAUGGAGGACAGGCCAUUCUUCCAUACUCGUCUCACACACACACACACACACACACACAUCCGGAAUCCCACCCAGCCGGUUCAAACACACAAUGACAGUGCUUGAAUUUCUGAUACACCCCCCCAUCUAUCUCUCCCGUGGGAAUAAGCUCAGACGUUUAGUGGCGAUUUUGAAAGCCCAGUGGCACAAUAGCCACCUCUCCACCCCCUCACAGGUAGACUGGGAUAGGUGAAUAACUCAGACAGGUUGCUCCCUCUCCUUCCCUCCCUCAGUCAGUCUGACGGUGUUUCAACCCUCCAUAGGCACAGUGAAGCGCUGGAAGGAGAUGUAUUUGAAGACGAGGAAGACAACCACGUAGAGGAGCCUCUAGAGGAAGAGGAGGAGUUAUAUCCCGAGAGCAGCCAAUGGGAGGGAGAGAAGGUGGCGGCCAAACCUACUCAAACAGGAACUAUGACGGAGAGGGUAAGUAGAGACUCCAUCAACUAUACCAUAUGCAUAAAUGAAUACAAUUUCAUUUGAUAUGAUUUAAUUACAGUAUUUUACCUAUUUACAGAGGAUGUUAAGUAUUUGUGUGAAAACAACAUGUAUGUUCAUUUGUUUCAAACUCAACAGUUCUACAAACUCCUUAAUAUGCAGACUCAAAAUGUGCUGUAACUAAGACAUGACUGUGACUGGCAUGAUCACAGUUGUAACUGAACAUAACAGUAAAUGUGUAAGCCAAGCUUGACUAUGUGAAAUGACUGAUCUCGUGCUCUGUCCCCAGGUGAACAAGGAGACCAGUACCGGCCUCCACCACCACCGUGCUGCCUCCUCGGUGGUCCGGCCCAAGGAGCAUCGACCCCGCGAUGUGCCCCAGCAGAACCCCUUUAUCCGGGGAAACACCAUCAUCCGCUCCAAGACCUUCUCCCCUGGGCCCCAGAGCCAGUACAUCUGCCGGGUGAGCAAACACACUCGUCAUGGACAUAUUUAGUACAUAUCUAGAAUAUACUAGUGCAUAUCUAUACUAGAUAUAGAUUUACAUUAGUACAUACUGUAUCUACUCUAUCCCCUGUAGCUCAGUUGGUAGAGCAUGGCGCUUGCAACGCCAGGGUUGUGGGUUCGUUUCCCACAGGGGGGCCAGUAUGAAAAUAUAUGCACUCACUAACUGUAAGUCGCUCUGGAUAAGAGCGUCUGCUAAAAUGAAAAAAAUUAAAUAAUAACUUAGUCAAAUGCAAAGCCAAUUAUUUUAUUUUUUUAAUUGCCCUUAUUAUACACUACAUUACCAAAAGUAUGUGGACACCUGCUCGUCAAACAUCUCAUUCCAAAAUCAUGGGCAUUAAUAUGGAGUUGGUCCCCCUUUGCUGCUACAACCGCCUCCACUCUUCUGGGAAGGCUUUCCACUAGAUGUUGGAACAUUGCUGCGGGGACUUGCUUCCAUUCAGCCACAAGAGCAUUAGUGAGGUCGGGCACUGAUGUUGGGCGAUUAGGCCUGGCUCGCAGUCGCCGUUCCAAUUCAUCCCAAAGGUGUUCGAUGGGGUUGAGGUCAGGGCUCUGUGUAGGCCAGUUCUUCCGCACCGAUCUCGACAAGCCAUUUCUGUAUGGACCUCGCUUUGUGCACGGGGGCAUUGUCAUGCUGAAACAGGAAAGGGCUUUCCCCAUACUGUUGCCACAAAGUUGGAAGCACAGAAUCGUCUAGAAUGUCAUUGUAUGCUGUAGCGUUAAGAUUUCCCUUCACUGGAACUAAGGGGCCUAGCCCGAACCAUGAAAAACAGCCCCAGACCAUUAUUCCUCCUCCACCAAACUUUCCAGUUGGCACUAUGCAUUGGGGCAGGUAGCGUUCUCCUGGCAUCCGCCAAACCCAGAUUCAUCCGUCGGACUGCCAGAUGGUGAAGCGUGAUUCAUCACUCCAGAGAACGCAUUUUCACUGCUCCAGAGUCCAAUGGCGGCGAGCUUUACACCACUCCAGCCGACGCUUGGCAUUGUACAUGGUGAUCUUAGGCUUGUGUGCGGCUGCUCGGUCAUGGAAACCCAUUUCAUGAAGCUCCAGACGAACAGCUCUUGUGCUGACGUUGCUUCCAGAGGCAGUUUGGAACUUUGUGGUGAGUGUUGCAACAGAGAACAAAUUAUUUUUACGUGCAUCGCGCUUCAGCACUCGGCGGUCCCGUUCUGUUAGCUUGUGUGGCCUACCACUUUGCUGCUGAGCUGUUGUUGCUCCUAGACGUUUCCAAUUCACAAUAACAGCACUUACAGUUGACGGGGCAGCUUUAGCAGGGCUGACUUGUUGGAAAGGUGGCAUCCUAUGACGGUGCCAUGUUGAAAGUCACUGAGCUCUUCAGUAAGGCCAUUCUACUGCCAAUGUUUGUCUAUGGAGAUUGCAUGGCAGUGUGCUCGAUUUUAUACACCUGUCAGCAACAGGUGUGGCUGAAACAGCCAAAUCCACAUACUUUUGUAUAUAUAGUGUAAGUUUGCUCUGGAUAAGAUAAAAAAUACAGUUCACUUUGACUACUGUUUUCAGUUGAGCUUUGCAAAGCAUCCUUAACCCAACAAAAGCUGUCAUUCUUGCCGUUUUUGUUCUAACCUUCUGAAUUCUGUUUGUUUUUGCCUUUCUACUAUGUGAUCAUCAGAUCAACCGCAGUGACAGCGACAGCUCCACUCUGUCUAAGAAGUCUCCAUUCAUCAGGAACGCAUCAGAGAGACGCAGCAUGCGCAUGAAGAAGGUAGACACUACCCACUUAGUACCUAUCCCACCAUAGAGAUACUUUCUGUCGUUCUAUGUUUUUACGCUAUAAAUACCCAUUUAACUUUCAUUUUCUGUCUCUGUUAGCCAAGGUUCUCAGUAUAACAAGCACAUUUUCUUCCUGUUCAGUCUCGCUCUAUCAAUUCCAGUGCUAUGCUCUGUUCCCACUGUUCUGGUUAUUGACAGUCUAAUAGUGCAGUCAAGUCUCAAGCUGUGGCCACAUUAUUAGAUAUUCUCAAAGAGAGACAUUUACAUUUUUGGUUCCCUAAACCAGAGACCCGGCCUUCAGUAAAAGUGAGUCUUAAUAUUUAAUGGCUGGUUGAAUUGUUAAUGUGGCCUGACAUUCUCUGGCCUCUAUUAAUGCUGGGACAAGGACUGAUCUAUGUCCAGGACAUAUCUGUCUGCCUGCCUGCUGUGAGAGGAAAGGAGGGGAGGGGACGGGAGAGGAGAGGGGGCCACUGGGAAAUGGCUGCUCUGUCUCCCUGUACCUCCCUAUGUGUGUGAGGAAGAGAAAGACAUGUGUGUUCAUGUCUGAGAGAGAGUGUCUGUAAUGUAUCAAUCAUAAACUCACCGUUUCCAUCUUCUUCCUCUCCCUCCUCUCCUCCCCCCAGCCCCCGGUGCCGAUGCGGGGCCUGGACGGGCUGCUGCGGACCAGUCUGGACCUGGAGCUGGACCUGCAGGUGUCCAGGACUCGCCACACGCGGCUGGCCCAGGAGCUGCGAGUCCUCAGGGAGCUCAAGGAGCAGCUGGAGAGGGCCCGGCAGCAGGGCACUAGAGACCUCCCCACCUGGGUGCAGGACGACGAGCGCUUCCGCAUGCUGCUCAGACAGGCUGAGAAACAGGUGGGAGAGGGAGAGACACUGACCCCCCGCAACAAUCGGUCUGUCACAAAACGUUUUUGGGUGCCUCUAGAAUUGCAUCCUCUAGUGCAGUAGUGCACUAUAUAGGGAAUAGGCUGCCAGUUCAUAAAAAUACUUUGAGACAGAUAGGAGGCUCUCACCUAGUAGUUAUACAUUUAGAUUUCAUUAUACAUCGUUGUUCCAAUACACACCUGUGAAAUAUGAAGAGAGGGGUUAAAUGCUGUUCUAGCUGUUGACUGGCCAGGAGGAGUUGUUUAAGCCUAUGUUCCAGCUUCUCUCUAAGCAUCUGUGUGGUGGUGUUGUGUCUGCAGACCCGUGAGGAGCAGCUGCAGGAGCAGAGGGUGGAGAAGAUGAUGCGUGCUGCGGCCAAGGACGUCCACAAGAUCCGAGGCCAGAGCAGGAAAGAGGUGCCAGAGGUCCAGUCCUUCAGGUCAGUACAGUAGAAUACAUUACAUUACAGCAACAGUGCAGUGUAACAUACCUCCUGUAAGAGGAGUUGAUCCAUUAAGCCAUAUCUUGUUCCCCAUGUAUUGGAUGAAUGUCAAUGUGUAAAUUGUAUUUAGCUUCUCUCACAAGGUCUCAUUAGGUCCAGUUGGAUGAAGUACAAUUUGUGGUCCAUUCCAUUUAUAUGCCAGUUAGUCUAGGAAUGUAAGAUGAUAUGGAAUUUUGAAUGGGGAAAAUGGCUAUGAUGUGGACCAGUGCUUGUCCUUCUGAGUGGACUGGGAUGGAAUGACCCUGGCUCUGAAGUGACUGAAAGACGUUUGCCUCAGUGAACACAUAGCCAGUGCUUGACUUGGGCUGAAAUAGGGCCGGUAAUCAUGUUGGGUGCCAGUAAUGUUUAGGUGCAGGAGCUCCACAAUACUUUUGAGCUAAUAUUCUAUAAGGGGAACAGGACCUCAAGCAGUAGAACAUUUGAGGUGCCGGUACUCAGCUCCGGUGAUGUCAUGCCCAAGUCAAGCACUGCACAUAGCCCACCAUUCAAAAGAAAGAUCUGUUCUGUUCACUGUAUAGAAGGGGAGGUUAGUUGUGUUUUUUAGGCUCAUGUGAAGAUAGAAACUCUUCUGAUUUCAGAGAGAAGAUGGCCUUCUUCACUCGAGCAAAGACCAACAUCCCCGAUCUGCCUGCCGAUGACGUGUAGCGCAUUUCAAGUAUUCCAGUCUUAACUGCUGUUUCCAAGGAGAUUACUCUGACACAGACUUCUGGUGGUAUUAUGAAGAAUGGAGAAUAAUAAUGUAUAGGAAAAAACAUCACAUUUUUAAAACACUUUUCUUUUUUUUUUCUCAGUUGCUCUUUAUAGUUCUUGUUAUUAGCACCUAGCAACUAGAGCAUUUUUUUUUUCUUCUCCACUCUCUGUAGCAUUAUUUUACUGUUACUAAUAAGUGGAUGUUGGUAGCUAUCUUUACAUGUUUUACGGUAAAAUCGUCAUUCCAAUACCACACCAGUGCUUUCUGUGUGAAAUAUGAAAAUAUAGAGAUGACAAAUGCUGUUAUUUUCAUUAGCCAGGACCACUUACUCGCUGUAAUCUAAGAUGUGUAUAUAGACCUCCAGAGGUACUUUACUUCAACAUUAUUUAUAGCACAACACAUCUACAAAGUCAACAUUCUGAUUGUAUGAUGGUGUACUAUGACCGGAUGAGUGGUUUGUUGUACAGUAUACUGUAACCGGCUGUCUGUCCCUAGUGGCAUUGUGUUCUCCUAUUACUGCACACACUGUAUACUGUAUAUGGCAUCUGUGUAUGUAUUACCAGUCAGGCCAUCUAUACUGUAUUGUACAUGGCUCUUGUAGUGACUCUCACUGGUGCACACACUAUCUCUCAGCAUUGUGUAGGAACUGCACUAACUCUCUCUAAUACUCAGGUAGUUUAUCGGAUAGUUUGUGCACUUUAAAAUAGGAAUCUAAAAAAGAGCGUGAUGGGGUUGAAGAAGUGGGAGGAGUGCUCCUCUCCGGCCUGGAUUGAUUGUUGAAUCACCGUUUAACGAAGCACAUUAUGAUUGUGAAAAACAAAAGAAGUGCAUUUGAAUAUCAUUAAUUUGCAUUUGAUGAAGAUCAUUGCUGACGAUAAACUCCACAUUUAUUGUAUGAGUCAAAACCCAAGUGAAGUGAUCCAAAAACCAUGGAGCAACUGAGAACUCCCAAGUAUACUGAACAAAAAUAUAAACGCAACA